AGAAAGCCAGCCAGCAAGCCAGAGGCAGCCGCGGCGGCGGAGGGGAGACGAAAGCGCAGGAGCCCCCCCCGCUGCAGCCGAGCAGAAGGAACCACUGCAGAGGAAAAGGGGGAAGGAGAAAGAAAAAAGGGAGGAGGAGAAAACCUUUAAAAAGAAAAAGAAAGAUCUAAUCUGUCACAUUCCAACAUUUUCAUGGAGAUCACAACCCCCCAGCAAGCAGAGGAGCACCGGGGCUCAAUUGACCGGAGACCCUCGCAUCAAAAUGGUACAGGAUCCGAUACUUCAUUUCUCUCUCUUUUUCUGCCUUAUUUCAUUAUUUAUUUGGGGGCGACACAGUUGCUCUCCUUGCAAACUUGCCCUUCGAUAGCUGCGAUUAUUCUGCCUCUCUCUCUCCCCAUCUGCCCACCCCCCGUUAGCAUUUUUCUUACUUCUGUGUGUCCACAUUGCAAAGCGCAGAUGUGCGUGCGUGCAAGCCAAGGUGGAUCAGAAGGGGGUAGGGCUCUUUUAAAAAUAUUAUUUUAUUUGCAUGCAUAAUUAUAUAUCUAUAUCUCCCCUGCAUCUAUAGGCUCUCUCCUUUUUUCUUUUCUUUUUUUGCAAGUGGGGGGCAGCCGAGAUGUGCAGAGAGAGAGAGAUGCUGGAAGAACGUACAAUAGCUGUCUUGUUGCAUGCGAAGAGUUAAAAUUCCUUCAUAGCUGGGCCGACGCUGUGGCGAUGGAUUAGCUCACCCCCCAAAUUGCAAUCGUUACAAGUUGACGGGGCUCCUUGCAGUCGUAUAUAGCCAUCGGAGGAAGCCUCGCCGGCUUGUUUUGCCUUUCUGGUGAACUCGGAGUGACAUUCGUGUUUAAAUGCAUUGUCUAGGAGCUUUCAGGCAAAGUGUGGCUUCCGAUGGGGUGGUGUCGGUUCAGGAAGAGAGAGAGAACCCCCCCCCCAUCUGCUUGGAGGUAUUGAAUUGCAAGAGGGUCGCUAUGGGAUUUGUGACAGUUUCCUCUUCCAGCCCCCCUUUUAUCUAGCAAGUCUGCUCAAGUUUGCAUUGGUUUCGAGGGGGGGAUUCCGCCCCCUCCCCCAUGCGACACUUCUCCCUUUUUUCCUUUUGCAGAAAUGAAGGUGUGUUUCUGCGCUGGAAAAGUGGGAGACCUUGCGUUUUGCAAUUGCGAGAAGGUGUCAGCUUAAAAGAGGGAGGGCUGGAGCCUUUUAAUACACACACACAGAGCUCAAGGGCAGGGACAAGAUCAGGAAUAUACAUUUUAUUGGAAGUGACACUAUCUGGAUGCUUGGGGUGAGGGGCGCUGAAAGGGUUAUUUGGCCACGAGAAGCCCUGGAUUGCAAGGAAGGCCUAUAGUUCUUCAGCAGUGCAGAUCUUCUCAAGGAAGAAAUCUUAACCAUGGGUACGAUCCGAAACCAAAAAGUUGUAUAUGGAUUUCUGGGUUUCGGUUGUGUGUGUGUAAGUUCUACAUCUGGUUUGCAAAUAGGGGUUGUGUUGUGGUUUUUUUUUUUGGUGUUCAAAAGCUGUAAUCCAAAACUCCCGAUCUUCAGUCUUUACAUAGUUUGGCCUACACCGUGGAGCUUGCUCCUCAUGCAAACGCUUGUUCGCUCAACAGUUGCAGCACUGUCAGGCUGGCUGGCAUGUGUGAACGGACCAUCGCAGGGCAGACAGAAUUCUUGGGUCGGCUGGUGUCACUCGAAAUAGCCUCAGUGGUUUAACCUCCUGAAUUCAGCUUUCUAAGGUGCUAAAGACACACCUUUUUCUGCCCUGGCCUCGUGACACUUUAGGUGUGUGUUUUCAGGACCUGUUCCCGCAGCUCUGAUUUGUUUUAGCUGGGUUUCAAACUGUUCCAACCUGCCCUGGGAUCCGCUGCGGAAGGAAUAAUGGGAAUAGGAAUAAUGGGUAGGAUUCGGCUAGCUAGUCCUGUCGGCAGAAACUCACAAAAAGGCUUCUGGUGAGCAGGGCUUCCCCUCCGCUAUGCGCCCCUGAAAUUGACUUGUGGGGGUAGAAAACAGCAUAUGGAGAGAGGACAGUGGUUCAAAUUCACUAGGCGCAUUUUGCACCUGGUGCGGGUGGCGCUGUGGGUUAAACCACACAGCCUAGGACUUGCCGAUCAGAAGGUCGGCGGUUUGAAUCCCCGUGACGGGGUGAGCUCCUGUUGCUCGGUCCCUGCUCCUGCCAACCUAGCAGUUCGAAAGCACAUCAAAGUGCAAGUAGAUAAAUAGGUACCACUCCGGCGGAAAGGUAAACGGCGUUUCCGUGUGCUGCUCUGGUUCGCCAGAAGUCGCUUAGUCAUGCUGGCCACAUGACCCGGCAGCUGUACGCCGGCUCCCUCGGCCAAUAAAGCAAGAUGAGCGCCGCAACCCCAGAGUCGGCCACGACUGGACCUAUCGGUCAGGGGUCCCUUUACCUUUACCUUUAUUGGCCACUUGCGACCAAGUGAAGGUACCUGGGAGACAGGAUGACACCUGAUGUCUCCACGCUCUGGAGGUGCAUGCCUGGGGAGCCCUGGAUCUUGGCUUCCCCCCCCCCACACACGAAUACCCCAUCCUGUAGAAUUCCAUCUGUUCUAUUUUAUCUGCACCAUCAGGAAUGAAUUCCAGGAACCGAAACACUUUUUCCGUGCAGCCUGAGUAGGAGCAGUGAACAGUGUUAUAGUUAAUUGCUGUGGCUUGUCUUCACCCCACUCACUGUUAACGAAUGGUUUGUGUCACCGUUAAGAAAAAGAGGCAGGAAUAGGCCAAUAUAUAUGUGGGCAGUUCCUGGGUAAAAGUGAUUUUUCUUCUUUUAAGUUCUCAAAGUUCUAAACCUGGCUCAGGGCUCUGAACUAGCCAGAUGUUUAACUGAGAAUCAAUCAGUCCAUCACUUGAAAAAUAAGACUUUAGAGCUGCCUUGCCCCAGAAUGGCAACUAGGCAUUCCAUGUUGGCAACCGUAACAUUGGUUUAAGGUAAACAGCUAAAGGAUGCCUGGACAGUUGAGUCCAGUAAAAGGCGACUAUGGGGUUGCGGUGCUCAUCUUGCCUUCAGGACGAGGGAGCCAGCGUUUUUCCACAGACAGCUUUCCGGGUCAUGUGGCCAGCAGGACUAAACCACUUCUGGCGCAGCGGAACACCGUGACAGAAACCAGAGCGCACGGAAACGUUGUUUACCUUCCCGCCGCAGCGGUACCUAUUUAUCUACUUGCACUGGCAUGCUUUCGAACUGCUAGGUUGGCAGGAGCUGGGACAGAGAGCGAGUGUGGUGUAGUGGUUAAGAGUGGUUGUCUCAUAAUCUGGUGAACCGGGUUCGUGUCUCCGCUCCUCCACAUGCAGCUGCUGGGUGACCUUGGGCUAGUCACACUUCUCUGAAGUCUGUCAGCCCCACUCACCUCACAGAGUGUUUGUUGUGGGGGAGGAAGGGAAAGGAGAAUGUUAGCCACUUUGAGACUCCUUCGGGUAGUGAUAAAGCGGGAUAUCAAAUCCAAACUCUUCUUCUUCUUCAAUGGGAGCUCACCCCGUCAUGGGGAUUCGAACCACCGACCUUCCGAUCAGCAAGCCCAAGAGGUUCAGUGGUUUAGACCGCAGAGCCACCUUUGUCCCGUAGCUUAUAUAUCUGAGUUUCUAACACUGGGAGGAGAUGAGGGAUUGUUUUGUCUAGAUGGAAACAGCAGCAUAAUGUGACAUUGCAUUUUUUUUUUAUUAUUAUUAUUAUUAUUAUUAUUGGUGCUUGUGAAUCACCCUGUAGAGCAGGGGUGAGAAUCUCAGGCACAGGGGCCGACCCUCGACACUCUGCCUGGGUUCUGCUUCGUCUCCCAAGCUGUGUCCUUGAAGUCGGAUAAUGCCUGUUGCUUGUUUGGACGGGAGGUGAAAGAGAUGUGUAAAAUAACUUCUUGUUUAGUCGUGUCCGACUCUUCGUGACCCCCUGGACCAGAGCACGCCAGGCACUCCUGUCUUCCACUGCCUCCCGUGGUUUGGUCAAACUCAUGCUGGUAGCUUCGAGAACACUGUCCCACCAUCUUGUCUUCUGUCAUCCCCUUCUCCUUGUGCCUUCCAUCUUUCCCAACAUCAGGGUCUUUUCCAGGGAGUCUUCUCUUCUCAUGAGGUGGCCAAAGUAUUGGAGCCUCAGCUUCAGGAUCUGUCCUUCCAGUGAGCACUCAGGCACGCUGAUUUCCUUGAGAAUGGAUAGGUUUGAUCUUCUUGCAGUCCAUGGGACUCUCAAGAGUCUCCUCCAGCACCAGAAUUCACAAGCAUCCAUUCUUCGGCGAUCAGCCUUCUUUAUGGUCCAGCUCUCACUUCCAUACAUCACUACUGGGAAAACCAUAGCUUUUACUGUACGGACCUUUGUCGGCAAGGUGAUGUCUCUGCUUUUUAAGAUGCUGUCUAGGUGAAAUAACUAGCUUACUGUGAAAAAGGUAAAUUUUACAUUUGCUGCCCCACCCAUUUCUGCCUCUGGCCCUGCCCACCACUGCCGUGUGGCCCUUGAAACAUUGCCUGGGUAGGAAUGUGGGCCUCUGGCUGAAACAGGAUCCCCACACAUGCUGUAGAAUCAUGGAUCCGGGAAGUAUCUCAGUGUCUAUACAUGAUUGAACUUUCCUUGGCUAUGAGAUGAAACCUCCCUCUGCAGAGAUAGUAUAUCUUUGAAUAUAUGGAGGUGCUGGAGGCCAAACAACAGGGAAAUUUUCUUGACGUCUUGCCUGGCUUCAACACUGGCAUCCAAAAAACUGGGGGGUGGCCAGGGCCCCUGUGCCUGUACUCACUUUGGGAUUGAAUCCAACAGGUGAAACCUUUCUGGGCUUGGAGAGUUAGUGAUGGGAAAGAUCUCCACCUGUUAGGUCCAUGCCUGACACACCGUGGUUAACAGGAAAUAUGUCAGGAAAACAGGUGGCAUCCCCACCUGGUUUCAGUAACACAGAAAACAAGGGUUGUCUAUGCAGCAUUAAGAUUUGGAAAAAAAUAGUGGUUAUAGUGGAUAACAGUCUUAGCGCGACUCAGCUGUGGUUUUUCAGGGGGAAACUGAUUGAAGCUGUGGUAGGUCAUAUUGUGUGGGUGCUGACCUUUAGAACCCUAAACGGCCUCGGCCCUAUAUACCUGAAGGAGCGUCUCCACCCCCAUCGUUCAGCCCGGACACUGAGGUCCAGCUCCGAGGACCUUUUGGCAGUUCCCUCACUGCAAGAAGUGAAGUUACAGGGAACCAGGCAGAGGGCCUUCUCGGUAGUGGCACCCAUUCUGUGGAAUGCCCUCCCAUCAGCUGUCAAGGGGAUAAAUAAUUAUACAACUUUUAGAAGACAUCUUAAGGCAGCCCUGUACGUGGAAGUUUUUAAUGUUUGAUGUUUUAUUUCUGGCCUAGAAGAUAAAACCUGUAAGGAAGGUCUGAAAGAUCAGGGAAGAAGGAAGAUUGGGCUGGCGACAAAGCUUAUCCAUCACAUUUGCCUAGGAUAGGAAAAGCAGUAGAUAUAAACAAGACCUGGGCAUUUCUCCCUCUCCAGCGCUUAACUUUGCUCUGCCUCUAUUCAGCUAGGUUUUUAGGAAGACUAGGGCAUCUCCUUCUCUUCAAGCCGCUAUUGGACAGACAUCUGUUGUGGAUGCUUUAUGGGCCUUGACUUGGAAGAGAUGAGGACUAUUCGUAUUGGGAUGGAACCCCCAUGGACACUAAUGGAAAAUUUCCUCCCAGUGUAAAUAAGUUCGGAUGAGGGAUUUUCUUCAGCACCGCAGCAGGAGAAGGAAUUGCUUUUAAAACCCCCUUCUGACUGCUGGGGUCCCAAUAAUUAUCAGGGCCCCCAUCCCAAUCUGAUGCUAUUCACAGUUUUUUUUUAAUGUGCACAUUCAAUCCAUUUGUAAAAUUGUAAAAUGGAUCCUCUGUAUAGGAGGUGCAACAGUUGUGAGGGAAAAUCAGCCUAAAGAAAUAAGAUUUAAGACCCUAAAUGGCCUGGGACCAAGAUGCCUCGGCGGAGUCUCAGAUGUAGCUGGACUCCAGCCAGGACGGCCAGGGACAAUGAGAGUUAUAGUCCAACGUCAUCUUGGAGGACCAUGUCUAGGUUCUAAAAAGAACCCCCACCUUGGAAAGACCACUUAAGUCCUGAGUGUAAAUUACUUAACCGCAUCACUGAUUUUCAGAUCUGGGCCAUGAGCAGCAGUCUGAGGUGAGCCAGGAACGAAGACCCAUUCAACAAGUCACUAGUCAGGAGCAAGGAUAUAGAACCACAUCAGAGUUCAGGAAGAGGUAGCUUCUCAGGACCUUCAGGCCCUGGGCUGAUUCCACCCACCCAGGCUGGCAUCAGCCCAGGAUCUGAAGGUCCUGAGAAGCUACCUCUUGUCAUUCAGUGGUUUGUCAUGUAGGGUAGUUGUCCACAAAUCCUAGUAGCUCAUGGCAAGUGUGUAUAUAUGCAUGUAAAAGUAUAGCAUGUGGGGGAAGAGCCUCAGGGAUAAAUCUGGUCCUCUGGGUUUCUCUGGCCUCUGGGCAUGUCCACACACCAUGUUGUUUGCCCUCCUUGAGUGCCUUGGUCUGGCUAGGAUGAGUCCUUCAACUGUGAUCAUGGCUCUUCCUUGCUAGGAUAGAGAUCUGCGUAGGAACCACCAAUAUGUGUGGCUAGAAAAGUUACCUACUGAGCAAAGGUUAGAGUUCCAUGCAUUGCUGUGCCCACUUUCAUCUCUACCUGGGCCUACUGUAGACAUGUGGCCCUUGGAAGUUUGCCUGUAAAAGGAUGAGGCCCUCAAGGUAGAUUCCCCACCCCUGAAUCCAGCAAGCAAGUACUUGUGUUGUAGAGGCCUGGUCAUCAGAGAGCCAAGAUCGGCUGCCGUUCCCCGUUGAAUGCACACCCAAUGGCGAAUCCAGGUUAUGUGACGCACCCAUUUAGGUCUCAUUCGGAGAGUUUGAUUAGACUGAAUCCCCAAGUCCUUUUUGUGGUCAAAAUGGCACAUGUUUAUUGGGCUGUGUGGGAAUUUGAGCAUAUAAAUCAAGGGCCUUCAAAACUAUGGCUGUGGAAGACUUCUCAUCAUCCCAUGCUCUUUUGGGUCACUGCAGAAGUUGGUUUUGGGUGUCCAUAGAAGGAGAACAAAAGAUUGGCAAUGUUUAGGUUUUAUUGGUAGGGAGGCUGCUUCUCAUCCCUGUUUCAUUGAGCGUCCGUUGCUCAAAAAGCAAGACUUCGCCAAUACUGGCUUGCUUCUUCAUUAAGCCUGAUGUGGAGUAAUGUGGUAUUUUAUUUCCUGGCUUUGUUGUUGUUGUUGUUUUUGUGGGGUGCAGUUGCUUCUUGGCUAGCAAAUAGAGGGGUAUUUUUGGCCCUGGCAAAAAGGCUUCCCUCUUUCGGUUUUUACUUUUUCCUUUUGGUAUGUCGAUGUCAAAAGGUGCCAAAUGUGUUUGUCCAUUCAGAGCGGGAGUCAAGCAUUGCAGGAAACAUGUCUGUCCAUUGGGCUGGCUGUUUCAUAUCCCCCAUCCUUUCCAGGUCAGAUCUGAUUGGCUGCCCUAUAUCAUGAUGUCAUCCUGUCCACUAAGUGAUCCCUGUUUGGCUUAGGAGCACUGUCCCGAGGAGGACGGCCAUCCCACUUUUUAAAAGCUGCCGAACCCCUGGCCAGUCAAAGAAAGAGCAGGCAGCGGAUGAUGGAUUUGGGGGAGCAUCUCUUCAAUGUCUCUCCGCCCCCCCACCAAAAUCUCACAGGUCUCCAAAUGAGUGAACACUAAUGCAACCUACUAACACUAAUGCAACCUACUAAAAAAUGCCAACAAAAAGCAUUUGGUCAACAUCAAACAAUUACUUGCUUCAUUGUGGGCGCCAGCUAUAACCAACAGAGCAUUUAUGCUGAAUCUCACAUUUAAUUUUAGCAAUAAAGGAGUUCUGUACUCUGUGGAACGAGGCAUUAAGCUAUGGCUGCCUUCUCCCUUUUACUUGGAAGAUAGAGAAAAUGUGAUUGUCUUGCUUCGCAAUCACGUAGUGCUCAAAGCAGAGCCCAGACUUGAUCUAGUAAUCUUUGCACCUGCCCUGUUAGGUUCGUAUUGUCCCUGUAUCGACUUCCUCGAUCCACAACCCCUUCUUUCCCAUGCCACCCCCAGAUUUAUUUUUUACAGGUUUGACCAGAGCGCGUAUACCCCUUUGCGACUCUUGCUAGGACUGGAGGGCACAAGGCCGUGGGCAGAAGUGGCAAGGGGAGCUCCAGUAGAGCCAUUGCAGAUGCACGAGCUCAUCAAGGGAGGAUGGCGGCUGCCUGCAUGGUAGAGACAGUGUGGCCUAGUGGUGAGAGCAUUGCACUAAGAUCUGGGAGAUUUAAGGGUUUGAACCAUAGCUGUCAAGUGUCCCUUAUUUGAAGGGACAGUCCCUUAUUCCAGCGCCAUGUCCCGCUGCUGUCCCUUAUUGAUGGAUGUCCCUUAAAUGUCCCUUAAAUGAUGUCCCUUAAAUUUCAAAGGAAGCAGCUCCUCUCCCUCCCUCUCUGCCGGCCAGGGAGGAGGGAGGCUCCAACUGUGUUGCUUGGCUGCGUUGCUCACCCAAUAAGAAGUCUAAGAAUGACUGGGGGGUGGAGCUUGCAUGCCUUGUGUGUGGCUAGUUAAUGCAAGCUGAGGGGUUUUUUGAAUGCUGGACGCCAUUUUGUUGCACGUGCUGCUGCAUACUUUGCAGUGCAAAGCCAGGCCGGAGAGCCAUCUUAAGUUGAGGCUGCAUAGGCCUUGUGGUGCAUGUGAUUCAGAUUCUUUUCAGUUGAACCUCUGGUUACAAAGUUGGUUGGACAGUGUUCUUGAAGCUACCCAGCAUGAGUUUGACCAGACUGCAGGAGGACAGGAAGACUGGAGUGCCUGGAACAGGUGAGGCUGCAGGUCCCUUAUUUUGGCUCCUGGUCCCUUAUUUUCAAGGCUGCUGGUCCCUUAUUUUCAAAUCUGUAAGUUGACAGCUAUGGUUUGAACCUCUACUGGGCCACAAAGCUCACUGCCUCUCAGCCUAAGCUGUUGUGUUGUUGUGGUUGAUGAUGAUGAUUUAUUACGGUCGGAGACCAGCUUAUAAAACACACUUGGGGUUACAAUCCCAGAAGGAAAACAAACAUUGAAAACGAUGUACAAUAAUAAAUUUAAAAUUUAUAAAUGUGAUAAUCAUAUGGACACUUAAAACUUUAAGAUAAGCUACCGCAGAGAGAUGACCCAGAGUCACCCAUGGAACUGAGUUUGGGGAUUUUCUUAACGAACUAAUUUGAUUGUGUUGAUUAAAUGAGGAGCAAGAGAGCCGUCUCUGCCUCCUUCAGAGAAAAGGUAAAGGUAAAGGGACCGCUGACCAUUAGGUCCAGUCGUGAACGACUCUGGGGUUGCGGCGCUCAUCUCGCUUUCUUGGCCGAGGGAGCUGGCAUACAGCUUCCGGGUCAUGUGGCCAGCAUGACUAAGCCACUUCUGGAGAGCCAGAGCAGCGCACGGAAACGACAUUUACCUUCCCACCAGAGCGGUACCUAUUUAUCUACUUGCACUUUGACGUGCUUUUGAACUGCUAGGUUGGCAGGAGCAGGGACUGAGCAACAGGAGCUCACCCCGUCGCGGGGAUUCGAACCGCCGACCUUCUGAUCGGCAAGUCCUAGGCUCUGUGGUUUAACCCACAGCGCCACCCGCGUCCCCUGAGAAAAGUUGGGAUGCCAUAAAUAAACAGCCUGUGUGUUUGCAAUUGUGCCACCACAUGGAGACCAGCUCUGCAACAAGUUAUAGAGGCGACUGGUGCAGAGAUGCAUUUAAGAACACUGUGUGUGUGUGUGUGUGUGUGUGUGCUGUACAGCCGCUGGAGUUGCUGCGCUUCUGCAUAUUCCAUCCCAUUCCCAGUCAAGUGACAGCUUUGUGUUUGCACUGGGAUUUUCUCUUCCCAAGGCAGGCAAGCUUACAGUGUAGAGUUCUGUGUUCUUCAAGGUCCCCAGCAGUUACUGGACUACAACUCCCAUCAUCCCCAGCCAGCUUACCCAGUGGCCAAGGGGAUGAUGGGAACUGUAGUCCAACAACAUCUGGGGGACCCAAGGCUCACCCAGACAGUCUCUGUCCCUUCCUUCACAAAGGGGAAGGUGCUAAGUUAGGCACUUGGACCAGAGGUCUCUCGGGGGGGGGGGGGAGCUAAAAAGUUACUCUGUGCAUGCUCUGAUGCGCUCAACCCCGGGGUCCCAUAACUUUUGAUAACAAACGGUGAUCAUCCUGGGUGUUCUCCUCUGAGCAACCUGUUCCCCACCAGUCAUGCUGAUAGGCUUCUUUCCAGCUGCCACUCAGAUCUAACUUUGGCAAACAACAGAUAAUAUUGUAGGUGUGUUUCUGCACUGUACCAUUCCCAAGUUCCAAGUGCUGUUGAGCAAUUCCAUGUGGGAAGGAGGUCCCCGUGUGCAGAAAGCCAGCAUGUCAGGGAAAAGCCUGGGCUAACCCCUUCUUCCAAAUACGCUUCUCCCCCCCCCCCAAUUUUUUUUAUUAAUUUUCACAAAAUUAUAAACAAACAAACAUAAAUCAUAAUCUUAUUAAAAAUUAUACUUAUUAACAUUGUUAAGUGACUUCCUCGCUUCCCCUUGGUUGAAUUUCCAUGUAUAUCCAUUUAACGGUUUUCCAACUCACAGUUCUUAUAAAAUUUAACUUAAGCGUUAACACCUUUAAAUCUUUUCAUUUUAAAAUUAUACAAAUUGAUUUGUCACUUAGCUUAAAUAAAAUCCUAAGCCAAUUAGUUAUCUGCAAGUUAUUUCCAACAGAUACACUUCUUUUCUAUGCUCAGGAAUUAUUAUUUUUUUUGCAUUUGGCCGUGGGAACUAUCUAACCUGGUGGUUUAGAAACAGGUCUGUUACUUCACCUGCUGUUUGUGAGAAGCAGGCCUUCGUGGUUGUAUCUUGCACACACAGACACACACAUCCCUACUGAGGUCCCAGCUGCUGCUGGUGGAGUGGUAGAAAUUGCACCCUUCUUCCAGAGUAGCAGUCACGCUGGAGACCUCUUUUCAGGCUAAAGAAAAAGGGGGGGAAAUGGUUUGCUGUGCCUCUGGACUCUGCAUCUUUUGCAAAUGUUCCUUCCAGCCUCCAGCGCAGGCCUCACAUUCCUAGCAUAACCUUGGCACUCGCAUCAAGCUGGUGGGAGCCUUUGGCGUUCAAGGCUGGGCCCCGUGAGGCUAACAUGCUUUUCAGGGCGAACCGUGGGAUUAACGGCACUUGAAGAAUGCAAGCGGGCCUUUCUCUUGCGGUUCUGCCUGUGUGUGCGUGGCGACGAGCAAAAGCCCUGUUAUGUAAAAAGGGAAUUUAUUUAUAUAUUUUUUUAAAGUAAUCUGGGCUCUCUAGGAAAGCUGUUCCGGAUGGCAGAACCCAGAUCCACCGAUCUCACGAUGAUGGUGCAAAGCUCUCCUCGCUCUCUGCUUCUCUCUCUCUCUCUCCCCUGAUCCUCCUGCUCUUUUAAUAAAAGUGUGCCAUUAUGCGAUUGCGAGAGACGUGGCAUUGUGCCCUUAAUAACGCAGCUAGUAAUUUGAGCACUUUUCUGGAAAUGGCAGUCAAGUGCCAGGCUUUUGAAGGAGGGGAGGGCAAUCAUCGUUUUGCUCGAAUUAGCAUGGCGCUGAGCUCGGGAGCGUGAGAGAUUGCCGCUGUCAGGGAUGGGCUAAGGAGAGCCCAAAGCAUGAGUUGCCCUGCAAAGGAACAUGGCUAGGGAGCCCUUGGCUCAAGGCAUCGUGCAGAAAGGGGGCUGCCCAAAAUUGAUUUGCUGGAGCAGUGGCUUCUUCCUGGAGAGAGCAAAAGGCAAGCUGGAAGGGAAACCUAAACUACUCUGGUUCCUUUUGGAUGGACCCUUAUAAGUUUUGGGCUCUUGCAUACACACUGUACAUUAAAAACCCGUUCCCAGCCUCCCCCUGAAUUCUGGGGUGCUCAUGUGCUCAGGUGGCCCGGAGUGCCUUCCAUCACCUUCGGCUGGUAGCCCAACUGCAUCCUUACCUUGCCAGGGACAGCCUAAUUACUUUUGUCUAAGGUAAAGGUAAAGGUACCCCUGACCGUUAAGUCCAGUCGUGGACGACUCUGGGGUUGCGGCGCUCAUCUCGCUCUAUAGGCCGAGGGAGCCGGCGUACAGCUUCCAGGUCAUGUGGCCAGCAUGACUAAGCCGCUUCUGGCGAACCAGAGCAGUGCACGGAAACGCCGUUUACCUUCCCGCUGGAGCAGUACCUAUUUAUCUACUUGCACUUUGACGUGCUUUUGAACUGCGAGGUUGGCAGGAGCAGGGACCGAGCAACGGACGCUCACCCCGUCGCAGGGAUUCGAACCGCCAACCUUCCGAUCGGCAAGCCCUAGGCUCUGUGGUUUAACCCACAGCGCCACCCAUGUCCCUGUUGUCUAUGCUCUGGUAAACUCCUGGUUAAAUCACUGCAAUGUGUUAUAUGUAGGGCUGCCUCUGAAGACAGUUCGGAAACUUCAGCUAGUCCAGAAAUCAGCGGCUAGGUUGCUCACGCUUACCAGGGCAAGAGAGUUUGAGUAUAUAACGCCGAUCCUGGUCCAACUGCAUUGCCUACCAAUUAGUUUCUGGGCCCAAUUCAAAGUCCUGGUUUUGACCUAUAAAGCCUUAAACGACUCAGGAUCGCAAUGCCUCAAGAACCGCCUCUUUCCAUAUGAACCUACCUGGACCCUGAGAUCAUCUUCUGAGGCCCUUCUUCAUGUGCCUCCACCACGAGAGGUCUGGACCGGGGCAGUAACACAAGAAUGGGCCUUUUCUUUCUUUCUUUCUUUCUUUCUUUCUUUCUUUCUUUCUUUCUUUCUUUCUUUCUUUCUUCUUUUUUUAAAAGUAAUUUUUAUUUUGCUUUAAACAAAUACAGAUAAACCAAAAUUACAAAAGAAAAAUCCUUAAAAUAAUGGAAAAGGCUAAAAAAACUACAAAAAAUACCAAAGUACAUGGCAUAGAACAUAAGCCAUUAUAGGAAAGAAAAAAAGUAAAAAAGGAGAGGAAGGAAGAAAAAAGGUGGGGGGAUGCAGUGAAAUGCUCUCCCUGGAAAAGUUCAUCUGACGCCUUCAUUAUACACCUUUAGGCGCCAGGCAAAAUGUUCCUUUCCAACCAGGCCUUUGGCUGAUUGACGUCCGAUGCCCUUUUAAAUGUAUUGUGGAAGGAGAGGGUUAUUGGGUCGUUUCUGUUUUUGUUAUGUAUUUUGUGUUUCGUUAUAUUGCAGUUUUAUGUUGUGAACCACCCCGAGAUCUAUGGGUAUUGGGUGGUAUAUACAAAUGUUAAUAAUAAUAAUAAUAAUAAUAAUAAUUAAUACUGGGGUCAUCUUGUGAUCUUUCAAGGCCUAGUGGGAAUUUGAAACCCAGUGUCCUGUGUCCAUUCCUUUGCUCCAGUCGCUAUAUCACACUGACUCUCAAGGGAAAUGUACUCUGUGCAAGCUCAGAGGCAUGGCUUCAUUAAAAAAAUUGAGCUAAGCUACUAAGGAACUCUGCCCCCGUGGUGAGGGAACUUUUAAAACCCAGAGGCGGCAACUCUUAUUUGUAGCUUCUUGGUUGCCCAGCUGACUUCUCCGAUGAGAAAAACAGGAGUUUGGGCCGUGCUGUGACUGAGCUGAUAAGGUUUUGUUUGAACGAUCCCGGCUUGUCAUGCCGUACAUCUGCGGCAACAGGAUACAAGGCAAACCCUCUUUCCCUGUGAACUCAAUGUGUCAAAACAUUAGUCGUUCUUCAAAUGUUUUUCAUUGAAUGCUUCGCUGCGAUUUCCCCCACAGCUCUGAAGGAUGAAGGCUUUGUCACUUUUACGUUUGCUUGUCUGCAUGGAAAAAAAAAAUGAUGUCGGGUUUUUUUGUUUUCUUCCCAGUUCUUUCCCCUGUUAGUUGGCAUCUCUCUUUUCUAAUCUAGACCACAAGUCACCCAGUAAAGGGAAACUAGACUUAAAAACUUGAGCUAGUAUUCUGCAGUGACAAAAGUGUUGGGCUUGAGCCGGGAAGAGCCGAGUUCGAAUUCUCAGUUGGCCAAGAGUUGAUUACUGAUGCUGGGUCUGUUCAGAUGUUAUGCCUGCCUGGUUUGAUGUUUCACAAACAGGCCCUGAGGAGUUUCAGCCUUGUAUAUAUACUGCCUCCUCCUUCAGCUCAGGAGACACAGUUCUGGACUUCUGACUUCCGUUUGUGGCAACCUGGUUUCCAGGUACGUCCGAAUGGGCAAACGACGCUUUGCCCUUGCCUACAGUUUUGCGGUGUGUGGUUGCACCCAACUCCAAAAUAGCGGAAGCACCUAGAGCAGCCUUUCUCAACUUGUGGGUCCCCAGAUGUUGUUGAACUACAACUCCCAUCACCCCUAGCUAGCAAGGCCAGAGCUCAGGGAUGAUGGGAGUUGUAGUCCAACAACAUCUGGGGACCCACAGGUUGAGAACCGCUGACCUAGAGGAAGGGGAACAGACAGACUCCUUGGGGCUGGUUCACAUAACACUAAACCAUGGUUUGCAAUUGUGUCUCAUUUCCGCCUCCUGGAAAUGUGUCCUUGAACUCUGGCGACGCCUCUUGUCAGCAAGGGGUGUGGCCUGAGGAGGGUUAUGAGGGCCAGGCAGAGGGUCCUGAGGACCACAUUUGGCCCCAGACCCUGAGUCUCCCCAUCUCUGGUUCGCAGCUACCUAUUACGUGGAGAAGGCGGUUGCAAUCUGAGGCUUUUUUUUUGUCGGCUACCUCCUUUUUUGGAGGUCCCGAGCCUCAAGGAGGUUAGAUUGGUCUCAACUAGGGCCAGGGCCUUUUCAGCACUGGCCCCGACGUGGUGGAGCACUCUGUCACAAGAGACUAGGGUCCUGCGGGACUUGACAUCUUUCCGCAGGGCCUGCAAGACAGAGCUGUUCCACCUGGCCUUUGGUUUGGACUCGGUCUGACCUUUAUGUUUCCUUCCCCUUAUGGUCUUGAUGAGGCUGCAUUUUAAAUUGUAUUUUAACCUGUAUUUUAAAUUUGGUCCCCCCUCUCUUUUUCCCUUAUUAUGUUUUAACUGUGAUUUUAUUGGUGUUAGCCGCCCUGAGCCCGACUCCGGCUGGGGAGGGUGGGGUAUAAAUAAAAAUUAUUAUUAUUAUUAUUAUUUUCUCCAUCCUGUCUUGUUCUGUCCUCCAUCUGGUUUCCCCCCCCCCUUCCUUUUUCGCUCCUGCCAUGCCCCCCCUUUAAAAAGAAAAAGAAAAAAAAGCCCCCCAAGCACUUUGCACAUAGUGAACUCGCUGUAACCCCUCAUGCAUCUCCCCCUCGUAAAACUCUGUUGACGGAGACGGGAUGAGGCCGGCCAGCCUGCCUCAAAAAUCUCUUCGCGCUGACCUUCACUCGGCCUCGCUGGAGAGCCUGGACCGCAGCCGACCCUGGAUAAGCAAGGCUGGCUGCUCUCCCUCGCAGGCCCCUCCAAGGCCUCUGGGUUUUGGGGGGACGCCAAGAGGAGAGCUGCAGGCCUCCGGUGUCUUCCUUCGAAGCUGGUGGGCCGCUGAAAGGGAGAGUUUUGCAGAGUGCAUAAAAGCGAGGUGCCCUUGGAAAGGUUGCGGCCCCUUGUUGUUGUUGUUUAGUCGUUUAGUCGUGUCCGACUCUUCGUGACCCCCUGGACCAGAGCACGCCAGGCACUCCUGUCUUCCACUGCCUCCCGCAGUUUGGUCAAACUCAUGCUGGUAGCUUUGAGAACACUAUCCAACCAUCUCGUCUUCUGUCGUCCCCUUCUCCUUGUGCCCUCCAUCUUUCCCAGCAUCAGGGUCUUUUCCAGGGAGUCUUCUCUUCUCAUGAGGUGGCCAAAGUAUUGGAGCCUCAGCUUCAGGAUCUGUCCUUCCAGUGAGCACUCAGGCACGCUGAUUUCCUUAAGGAUGGAUAGGUUUGAUCUUCUUGCAGUCCAUGGGACUCUCAAGAGUCUCCUCCAGCACCAGAAUUCACAAGCAUCCAUUCUUUGGCGAUCAGCCUUCUUGCUGGUCCAGCUCUCACUUCCAUACAUCACUACUGGGAAAACAAUAGCUUUAACUAUAUGAACCUUUGUCGGCAAGGUGAUGUCUCUGCUUUUUAAGAUGCUCUCUAGGUUUGUCAUUGCUUUUCUCCCAAGAAGCAGGCGUUUUUUAGGUUCCCUUUUAAAGGAGAGCCUUCUGCCUUCCCUGGAUCAGUUCCGGCAAUACGUUGGGAGUAAGGUGGGCAGCCUGCGUGGCCCUGUUGGGUGGGUGGGCAGCCCAACAUGUCUGUUUCCGCUCCUUAUUUUUGCAGUCCAAAGUUCAGUUCUCCACAUUUGCAUAUCUAACGGCUCACGAAAAGCCGUCGGCCUUUUAGUGCGGAAUUCUCCUAGCAGACACAUGCCGGUAUGCCAUUUGGCAUAAUGAACCAUUUACAGUCGUAAAGGUAAAGAGACCCCUGACCAGUUGUGGCCGACUCUGGGGUUGCGGCGCUCAUCUCGCUUUAUUGGCCGAGGGAGCUGGCAUACAGUUUCCGGGUCAUGUGGCCAGCAUGACUAAGCUGCUUCUGGCGAACCAGAGCAGCGCACAGAAACGCCGUUUACCUUCCCGCCAGAGCGAUACCUAUUUAUCUACUUGCACUUUGACGUGCUUUCGAACUGCUAGGUUGGCAGGAGCUGGGACCGAGCAACGGGAGCUCACCCCGUCACGACCUUCUGAUCGGCAAGACCUAGGCUCUGUGGUUUAACCCACAGUGUCACCCGCAUUAGGUCCCCUUUUAAAGGAGGUCCCCUUAUGCGUUCGUACCCAUAAGUUGCAUUAUUUGGAGCUCUGUAUUCUGAGUUCUCACUGGCAUCCAGCAUGGAAAUCUGCUUCGUGAGAAUCUCAGCUUGUGCCUUUUUAAAAUGAGUCUGGUUCUCUUGGCCAGAAUGCCUGCCAGCAGUACUGACUGGAGGAAUCUCAGAAGUUUAUGUGUAUGUGUGAUUACUAGAUUUCCAAGAAUCGGGUUGUGGGGGAGGGGAGGGAGAGAUUUCACUGCCCUCCAAAGUUCUCUGUCAUUUUCUGAACCUGGCAAAAUAAUGUGUAAUCGGUACAUGUAUCUGAAGAAGUGUGCAUGCAGGCGAAAGCUCCUACCAAUAACAAACUUAGUUGGUCUCUAAGGUGCUACUGGAAGGAAUUUUUUUAUUUAUUUAUUUUUUUUUAAAUGAUAUUUAUUAAAAUUUCAGAGAAAAAAAGAAUUACACAAAAACAAAAAGUAAAAAUACCAGAAAAAUACAAAAUACAGAAUAAAAGAAUAAAAGACACUUAAAAAGAAAAAAAAAGAAAAAUGGGUCAAUCUUUCCUUAGCUUACAUUCAUAUCCUUGUUUCCCUGACCUCCUCAUACCUCCCUUCCCUGUAUUUCAGUUCAAUUAGUUAAGUCAGCAAUUUCUUUCCCUCUUUGUUUUCUCAUGAUCCUUUAACUUAAUAUACUAUAACUUUAAAUUUUCAUCUGUUAUCAAUCCUUUUUUACAUACACCUUUAUAGCAUUACUGCUUAAACCACCUAGCUUCAUUCCAACAUCAUUCUAACAUUCAUUAAUUUUGCAAUAUUUCUGUAAAUAGUCUUUAAAUUUCUUCCAAUCUUCUUCCACCGACUCUUCUCCCUGGUCUCGGAUUCUGCCAGUCAUUUCCGCCAAUUCCAUGUAGUCCAUCACCUUCAUCUGCCAUUCUUCCAGAGUGGGUAGGUCUUGUGUCUUCCAAUACUUUGCAAUAAGUAUUCUUGCUGCUGUUGUGGCAUACAUAAAGAAAGUUCUGUCCUUCUUUGGCACCAUUUGGCCGACCAUGCCCAGGAGAAAGGCCUCUGGUUUCUUCAGAAAGGUAUAUUUAAAUACCCUUUUCAUUUCAUUAUAAAUCAUCUCCCAGAAAGCCUUAAUCCUUGGGCACGUCCACCAAAGGUGAAAGAAUGUACCUUCGGUUUCUUUACAUUUCCAACAUUUAUUAUCGGGCAAAUGAUAGAUUUUUGCAAGCUUGACUGGUGUCAUGUACCACCUGUAUAUCAUUUUCAUAAUAUUCUCUUAAGGCAUUACAUGCCGUAAACUUCAUACCUGUGGUCCAUAACUGUUCCCAGUCAGCCAUCAUUAUGUUAUGUCCAACAUCUUGUGCCCAUUUAAUCAUAGCAGAUUUAACCGUUUCAUCCUGAGUAUUCCAUUUCAACAGCAAGUUAUUAUUAUUUUUUCUUUCGACUAUGGCAGACCAACACAGCUACCUACCUGUACCCGGUACUUUUUAAGCAGACUUGCUUAAUUUGCACCAUGUAUACAGACUGCACAUCAGCUCCCCCCCCCCAUUAAAUUAAAACUACCUUCUCCUACAGAAGUAAAGGUAAAGGGACCCCUGACCAUUAGGUCCAGUCAUGGACGACUCUUGGGUUGCGGCGCUCAUUUUGCUUUAUUGGCUGAGGGAGCCGGCGUACAGCUUCCGGGUCAUGUGGCCAGCAUGACUAAGCCGCUUCUGGCGAACCAGAGCAGCGCACGGAAACGCCAUUUACCUUCCCGCUGGAGCAGUACCUAUUUAUCUACUUGCACUUUUGGGUGUGCUUUCAAACUGCUAGGUUGGCAGGAGCAGGGACCGAGCGACCAGAGCUCACCCCGUUGCGGGGAUUCGAACCGCCGACCUUCUGAUCGGCAAAUCCUAGGCUCUGUGGUUUAUCCCACAGCGCCACCCGUGUCCCUCUACAGAAGUAAUCUCCCCAAAUAACUGGUUUGCUCAGCGUGAGCAAGGAUCAAAGCCUGCUUGCUGGCAAUGGUUCAAAUACCCAUGUUCUUAAUUUAUUCGAGCAAAAUGAAGCAACAAAUUCCUGAACAGUUACCAUAGAUAAGCUCUCCCCCAAAACAACAACAACAACAACCACAGGUUGCUAUGAUUUCUUUCUUGUUAACUGUAUAACGGUGGAUGGUCUGAAAUAGCCCAUACUUCCUUUAUGAAUAAGAAGUGAUAUGUAAUACAGUGGUACCUCGGGUUACAGAUGCUUCAGGUUACAGAUGCAUCAGGUUACAGAUGCUUCAGGUUACAUACUCCGCUAACCCAGAAAUAAUACCUCGGGUUAAGAACUUUGCUUUAGGAUGAGAACAGAAAUUGCGGAGAGGCGGCAGCAGGAGGCCCCAUUAGCUAAAGUGGUGCUUCAGGCUAAGAACAGUUUCAGGUUAAGAACGGACCUCCAGAAUGAAUUAAGUUCUUAACCCGAGGUACCACUGUAGCUAGGUCUGUCUUGUUGAUUUUGGGGAAUGGUGGGCAGUUUUCACUGCUCCCCCCUAGACACCCCAUAAAAUUACCUCUCCAUUUUUAUUUUUGCUUUUCCAUUGCAUCUUUUUAAUUUGCAAGAAAUGGACCCGUUUGCCGUGACACGAACAAGCUGCUGUAAGCCUUGAAUAUAUGUACAAAGCCAUGAACAACUUGAGUCCAGGGUACCUUAAGGACCAAGCUCAGUCAUUGAUAUCAUCCGAAGAAGCACUGUUAGUUGUUCCCCAUGUUACAGAAGCCCUAUUGUCUUCCACUAAAAGUAAGGCAUUUAGCGUCACCAGGUCCAUGCCGUGGAACUCUCUUCCAGCAGAGAUACAGCGGGCACCCUCACUUUUGACUUUCCAGCAUCUCUCGGGAAAAAACGUUUUUGUGCUGACAGACCUAAGUGUUUUUUUGUGUGUUUUUUAAAAGUCCCUCGAGUAGCCAGUCAUUUUAAUGAUUUGUUCUGUACUGAUUUUAAUGGGAUUUUUCUGUUUGGUUUUCGGAUCGCUGUACCCCACACUGAUAUAGUUAAUAAACGAGUAAGUUGACAGAAAUGAGAAACGCAGUGCCAAUCAAAAGAGAGUUCAGCAUCAGCUAAAAAACAAAACAAAAGAUAAAGCAGGCUUCCUCAACCUCGGCCCUCCAGAUGUUUUGGGCCUACAACUCCCAUGAUCCCUAGCCAGCAGCACUAGUGGUCAGGGAGGAUGGGAACUGUAGUCUCAAAACAUCUGGAGCAGGCUUCCUCAACCUCGGCCAUCCAGAUGUUUCAAGACUACAAUUCCCAUCAUGCCUGACCACUGGUCCUGCUAGCUAGGGAUCAUGGGAGUUGUAGGCCAAAAACAUUGGGAGGCCCGAGGGUGAGGAAGCCUAGACUAAGAAAAUGCAGCCUGAGAUAAAACAACCCUACAAUUCAGCAGGACAGAUUGAAACAGGAACCCAAGUCGACCUCAUGCUAGUUGAUGAUGAAAAGCCUGGGCAGAUGAUAAAAAGGCCUUCAUCUGGUGUCCCAGUAAGUGGGUGUCCAGGAAGAGUGUUCCCCAGAGGGGUGGUUAUCAUGCCUGAGAAUGGCCCCUCUGUGGUCGUCGUCUUCCUGACUUGAGAUGGCCGGGGGAGAAGGGGAACAUGGCAAAAUGCCUCAAAUGAAGACUGCAAAGUUUGGGUAGACUCAAGUGAUUGAAGGCAGCCUUUGGGCACAAAGGCUACCCACUUGCCCCAAAGGUGUGAGCAAUGCAGUUAAGCUGCAGCCCUUUUCAGUCCCCACCUUCAUUUGAAUGGAAGGAGACAGCUUUGCGAGCGUCCCAUCACACCUGCAUUGGUAUGUCUGCGAAAGGGGUGUGUCAGGGAACUGCCAUCGGAGUCAGGGCGAGAGGGAGGGCUCCAGAGGGAUUCCAGAGAGCGUCCCGGGAGGGAGAGAAGCAGCACAUCUUCUGGGGAAGGAAAUCAGCGUCCCUCCAGUGGAGAAGGGGGGCAGAUGGGGGAAUCGGCGAGGUGGCUCCAUGACUCCUCGCCGGGGACCAGCGGAGAGAGCACGGGUCCUCCACUGCCCACACCCUCCCUGCGCAGAAGGCUUCCGUGCAGGGAGAGUAGGCGGAGACUAGGCGUCAAAGAACUUCUUUGCUGGAAGAAGUUCAAGAAACGCCCACUGACGGAUUCUGCCAGCGAUUGAGACAGCCACGGGCGAGUGGCUGUCCGGACAGAAAGGGUUCACUCAGGCAACCCAGCCAGGUGUGGCGCCAAUUUACGUACGAGCAACCCCUAGAACCAUCACAGGGUGCUUGGUGUAUUCUCAAAGGCUUUCCCCAUUAUUUGGAUACCUGGUCAUGCAAGGCUCCAAAUCAUGGAGGCAGCCUAUGUAUGAGCGGCAAGUGUCCGCUUUGCAGCAGUCCAACUAUGGCUCCCAUCUGCCCCAGUGAGCAUAGUCAGUGGCCAGGGAUGAUGGGAGUUGUAGUUCAGCAACAUCUGGAGGGCCAGAUGUUGCCCACACCUGGUCUACACUUAACUGGCAGCGGCUCUCUUGGAUUUCAGAGAGUGGGCAUUCUCUGAGCUACAUAGAGACACCUGGACUUGAACCUGGGACCCUCCCCAUGCAAAUCAGAUGCUCUGCCAAUGAGCUAUUUCCCCCACUAAUUUAUAUUUUUGUGAACAGUCAGUUUCACUGGUUCCAGCUGUUAAUAAUAAUUUUAUUAUUGGUCCCUCACCCAUCAAUCUGGACGGCUCCCAACAGAUAUAAAAACAUAAUCAAACAUCAAAAACUUCCCUAAACAGGGCUGCCUUCAGAUGUCUUCUGAAAGUUGUAUAGUUGUUUAUUUCCUUGACAUCUGAUGGGAGGGCAUUCCACAGGGCGGGUGCCACCACCGAGAAGGCCCUCUACCUGGUUCCCUGUAACCUCGCUUCUCACAAUGAGGGAACUGCCAGAAGGCCCUCAGAGCUGGACCUCAGUGUCUGGGCAGAACGAUGAGGGUGGAGACGCUCCUUCAGGUAUACUGGGCUGAAGCCAUUUAGGGCUUCAAAGGUCAGCACCAACUCUUUGAAUCAUGCUCGGAAACGUACUGGGUACCACUUGCUAGAUUCCUCCCUGAAAUAAUCGCCUGCUUGACUUCUGCUUGCUUUUGCACCUCUUUGCAAAGGAGAUGCCAGGAUGUACGGUGGGCGCUCGGGUUACAAACAUGAUCCGUGCGGGAGGCACGUUCGCAACCCGCAGCACCUCGUCUGCACACGCGGGGGUUGCGAUUCGGCGCUUCUGCGCAUGCUCAAAGCGCAAUUUAGCGGUUCUGCGCAUGCACGAGAGCCGAAACCCGGAAGUAACCCGUUCCGGUGCUUCUGGGUUCGCCGCGGUGCGCAACCUGAAAACGCGCAACCUGAAACGUCUGUAACCCGAGGUAUGCCUGUACUUUGAACUUUCUGUAAUGCAAACCCCUUUGAGUAAAGAACCUACUUAUCCUCUUCCUCCUUGCAAUGGCUGGCUGUGAAUCUGCAGCAGGGAGCUUACAAGUUUGUGCUUCUGUCACUCUGGGCAGCUGUUCAGCUGUGACAAUGGCCUUCUCUGGGAAUGAGAGAGGGAGGGAGGGAAGUCUCUGGGAUCAGAGUGACCUUGAAUGCCUCUUGGGAGCGGUGCAAGGCGGCACCAACAGGAUUUUUGCACCCGAGCGGGGCUUCCUCCUCCUUCUGUGACGAGCUCCGUCAUGGGCUGCUCUCGUGCCCCAGAGCGCUGCCGGGAAGCGCUUGGAUCAGCUAUGAUUAAUUUGACUCCCUCGGGGGAAGCGUUUGCUAAGACAGCGCAGGCGAAGACCUGGAAUGGGGUCUUCCGUCUCGCCUCGUCAGGCUCGGAGCCAUAUAUAGCGUGCCUCAAAGCAGCAGAAUCUCCUGCACGAGCAAAAUGCCACGAGGCUGUGUGUUUUUUCAGGGGUGGUGCAAAAACGAGGGUCGCGAUAUUGCAAGGACUCGUUUGCAUGGGACAGUGGGGAUCUUACGGGGACGUCGCUUAGUGGUGGAGGGUCUGCUUCACUGCCAGAAGGUCCCAGGCCCUGAAUUGAAUCCUGCCUGAAAUGCUGGAGAGAUGCUGCCAGCCAGUGUGGACAACAUGGAGCUAGUGGCAAGGCCAGUGUGGUGUAGUGGUUAAGAGCGGUGGAAUCGUAAUCUGGUGAACUGGGUUCGCUUCCCUGCUCCUCCACCUGCAGCUGCUGGGUGACCUUGGGCUAGUCACACUUCUCUGAAGUCUCUCAGCCCCACUCACCUCACAGAGUGUUUGUUGUGGCGGAGGAAGGGAAAGGAGAAUGUUAGCCGCAUUGAGACUCCUUUGGGUAGUGAUAAAGUGGAAUAUCAAAUCCAAACUCUUCUUCUUCUUCUAUGUCCCUACUGCGCACCCUAGCAACAUGGGUUCUUAAUUCUUAUUUGUUUGGACCCUUUAGUAGCCCAUUUCCGCUCCUCUGACUAAGGAAGUACCCUAAGCAGCUUAACAAGAGCAGAAAUGACUGAAAAAUAAAUGCAGAAAAUAACGCAAGCAGCAAUUAAAAAUAAUAAAAGCUGGGGAGAGCCUUGGGAAAGAAACCUUUUUAAGGUGAUUGGUGGAUUGAGUAGCAAGACCAGUGGUGGGUGCAAUGGUCAAGAAGGCGGUUUUUGCAUGUGCCAUAGAGGGAAGUGUGGGGCAGAUGGGGCUCGUCCCCCUGGGAAGGGAGCCCAUCUAGGAAAACUCAUCCUAAACCUCCGCUGGCUUGUGGGGAUAUCUUGGGAGAAGAAAAGCCCAAGAAGGAAACCCUACAGAAAUGCAAAGUGGAUCCCCAAGACAGUUGGAUGAUGAUGAAGAAGAAGAGUUUGGAUUUGAUAUCCCACUUUAUCACUACCCUAAGGAGUCUCAAUCCUGCCAACCUAGCAGUUCAAAGCACAUCAAAGUGCAAGUAGAUAAAUAGGUACCACUCGGGCAGGAAGGUAAACGGUGUUUCCGUGUGCUGCUUUGGUUCACCAGAAGCAGCUUAGUCAUGCUGGUCACAUGACCCGGAAGCUGUACGCCGGCUCCCUCGGCCAAUAAAGCAAGAUGAGCGCUGCAACCCCAGAGUCGUCCGCGACUGGACCUAAUGGUCAGGGGUCCCUUUACCUAUAAGGAGUCUCAAAGCGGAUAACAAUCUCCUUUCCCUUUCUCCCCUACAACAAACACCCUGUGAGGUGAGUGAGGCUGAGAGAUUUCAGAGAAGUGUGACUAGCCCAAGGUCACCCAGCAGCUGCAUGUGGAGGAGCAGGGACGCGAACCCGGUUCCCCAGAUUACAAGUCCACUGCUCUUAACCACUACACCACACUGCAUGACACCUUGUAUGGCUCCUUCUGGCAACUCCUGCAGCCAAGCUAGUGCCCAACAACUUGCCCUGCUUUCCUUUGGACCACAUCAGCGAGGCCAAGAGGCGGGUCUUGUUGCCUGGGCAGCCCAGGUCCUCCACACACACAUCCCAGGUUUGCGCCCCGGGGAGGUCACUUCAGUGCUCCUAACACAGAGGUUUGACCUCACCCUCGGAGGCACACUCCAUUGAUUCUUGAGACAGAUGGAUGCCAGCAACAACAGCAGUAAUAAUAAUAAUAAUAAUAAUAAUAAUAAUAAUAAUAAUAAUAAUAAUUUAUACCCCGCCCAUCUGGCUGGGUCCCCCCAGCCACUCUGGGUGGCUUCCAACAAAACACUAAAAUACUAUAACUUCCCUAAACAGGGCUGCCUUCAGAUGUCUUCUAAAAGUCUGGUAGUAGUUGUUCUCUUUGACAUGUGGUGGGGAGGGCGUUCCACAGGGCGGGUGCCACUACCGAGAAGGCCCUCUGCCUGGUUCCCUGUAGCUUUGCUUCUCUGAAUGAGGGAACUGCCAGAAGGCCCUCAGAGCUGGACCUCUGUGUCCAGGCAGAAUGAUGGGGGUGGAGAUGUUCCUUCAGAUAUACUGGACCCGGCUGUUUAGGGCUUUAAAGGUCAGCUCAAUGUGUGUGCAUUGAUCAGGGCUGGGGAGUGUAUGGCCUUAUAGAUAUUGAGGGGCCACAACUCCCAAUAUCUCUGACCAUUGUUUAUGCUGGCUGGGGCUGAUGAGAGCUGGAGUCCAGCUGCAUCUGGAGGGCCACACGUUCCUUAGCUGUGUGGCAUUCGAUGGAUAGGUUAGUUUCUUUUACAAUCUCGUGCUGAUAUAUUUCCCCCUUGCUGGUUUUCUGAGGGGUGCUGCAGAGACAGAAGAAAUGUAAACGAAGCCGUAAGAAUUGCCUUUCCCCUGUUGCUUAAAGCCACAAAGUGCCUUUGUCUGUGAAAGCUACACCUAACCAGUGCCAGAAUAGCUCGUUUGGUUAGAGCGUGGUGCUGAUAAUGCCAAGGUUGCAGGUUCAAUCCCUGUAAGGAAUAACGGCAUAUUCCUGCAUUGCAAAGGGUUGGUCUAGAUGGCACCUUAGGGUCUUUUCCUACUCUACAAUUCUGUGAGCUAUUGCAGCCAAUAGAGUGUGGAUUUGCCCACUCUGUCCGGACCAGCAGAUUCACCUGCCCACCCAGAAUUUGCUCCUGAGGAGCAAGGUCUUUCGUUUCAGCCUGGCCGCAGGCUCCUAUUGCACACUGGCGGGUCACCGCGACCCUCUCUGCCAUUUAAUCUGGCUCAUGUUCAUAAUAGUGCGCUGGCAAGAGGCACCCGAGUUCCCCCCAGAUGGCUUUAAUAACUCUCUUUCUCCCUCUCUACGCUAUCUGGUCAUGAUCAGCUCAGGAUCUUUCUCCCCGAAGCAUUGAAAAAGCAAGCGGAUUGUGCAAUUAAAAAAGAGAAGAAGAUAAUAAAGCGUCCCCUAGUCGCGUGCCAACGCAGCUCAGCUGCAAAACUGUCAACUGCAGAAUCAAGUCAGACUGAGGGAGGGGAAAGGAGGGAGGAAUAAACUCCAAAGAGGCAGUAGAGGGAGAAUGUGUGUGUGUGUGCGUGCUCAGAUCAGGGUUGGAUUAUGCAAUGGGUUUUUUUUUUGAGGAAGGCAGCUGCCAAGGAGGAGAUGCCAAAAAUCCACUCGCUCGGCUUUGGCCGAUUAUUUUGCUGUCGUUCCGAAGAAGCUCAGAAGGCAGCUCGGGGCUUAUUCUGUAAUGAAGUUUCAACCGUUUAUUUAUCUUUCUUGUUCUCUGGAGGCAGCCACCCAGAGGGGAGGCUUCACUGCCUGACCCUCUCCUCCCAGGCCACAGAUCACACCAGCCUCGCUUUGCACCUUCCUUGAUUCUGUUUGGCAGACUGAAAUGCGUCCUUGAAGCCUGAUCUCGCCUCUUGCCUUCCUGGAUAGAGAGGCUGUGUGUCUGUGUCUGUGUGUGUGUGUGUGUGUGUGUGUGUGUGUGUGUGUGUUUGAGUGUGUUUAGAAACUAGAAUACUAUACAAAGGUAAUGUUUGCAUUCGUCGCUCUGUCCGCUUUUGCCUGUCGCCCAUGGCCCCCAGAAGACUGCCUCAAAAGGAAUUCGGCCCUCAGGCUCCCAAGCUUCCCUUCCCUCAUUAUGCAACGAAGAACAUUCGGCCUGAUAUCCUUUUGUUGCAGUGUUACAGCCUCCCACUGAUCAUUUGUUCACGUUCAUCGCAUUUCUCCUUUACUUAAAGGUAAAGGGACCCCUGACCAUUAGGUCCAGUCGUGGCCAACUCUGGGGUUGUGGCGCUCAUCUCACUUUAUUGGCCGAGGGAGCUGGCGUACAGCUUCCGGGUCAUGUGGCCAGCAUGACUAAGCCGCUUCUGGCGAACCAGAGCAGCGCAUGGAAACGCUGUUUACCUUCCCGCUGGAGUGGUACCUAUUUAUCUACUUGCACUUUGACGUGCUUUCGAACUGCUAGGUUGGCAGGAGCAGGGAGCUCACCCCGUCGCAGGGAUUUGAACCGCCGACCAUUCUGAUCGGCAAGUCCUAGGCUCUGUGGUUUAACCCACAGCGCCACCCGCGUCCCUCAGCCUCACCUGCGACACCCGCAUCCCUUUACUUGCCUAACUGCAAACCCCCUUUUCUGUUGUUGUUCAGUGAGUUGUUGUUUUGCACUGGAACGCUUUAAUCUACCCUAAUUGUGCAAUCCCAGAUUUGGGGUGGGGACGGGGACUGAAUCCCUCGUGCAAAAUACUGUCAGUCUGCAGGCGACCGAUGAUGCCUCGGCCUCUUUCUCCAGUUGCCUCCCCCUACCUGUCUGCAAUCGAAACCCUAGAGUGCGUCUUUCUUUCGAGCAGAUUUACGUCUCUGCAUCAAAGAACUUUUUCAUCCCGGAACGGCUGCUCUCUACCAGUUGCAAGUUGCAACCAAGAGCUUCUUCAAUGUGACUUUAAAGUUUUGGAGGUGAUGCUUCGCCCCCGGCAAUAAUUUAUUAUUAUUUUUAAAGCCCACUGGAGUGUGUGCCUUAACUCAUCCUAAUGAGGUCUCUUAAUGAAGCAAACGAGUCGCUGUUUUUAAUGGGCUGUAAUUACCUUGGAGAAGGUGUGCAGGGAUCUUCUGAGUGAUAGCUGACAGGAUCCCCCUGUGUGACGGUCAGUGGUGCGGCUGCGUGUGUGUUGUUGCUUUUUGCUAACUUCAGGUGUGAUUCUCUCUCACCUUGCUUUCCCCCUGGGAAAUCUGGGUCCGUAGGGACCCUGCAGCCAGCAGACCUAAUUUGGCUGACCCCCCAAUUUAUUUAUUUACUGAAUUUCUCUACAGUUUCCAAGACUCUCUGCAAGAGGUGAUGCGGUUUAAGCACAUAAUAAUAAUAAUUUAUUAUUUAUACCCUACCCAUCUGGCUGGGUUUCCUCAGCCACUCUGGGCGGCUUCCAGCAAAAGAUUAAAAUACAGUAAUUCAUCAAAUAUUAAAAGCUUCCCUAAACAGGGCUGCCUUCAGAUGUCUUCUAAAAGUCAGAUAGUUGUUUAUUUCUUUGACAUCUGAUGGGAGGGCAUUUUACUGGGUGGGUGCCACCACCGAGAAGGCCCUCUGCCUGGUUCCCUGUAACCUCACUUCUCGCAAUGAGGGAACCGCCAGAAGGCCCUCAGCGCUGGACCUCAGCGUCCGGGCAGAACGAUGCGUGUGGCGACGCUUCUUCAGGUCUACUGGGUAGAGGCCGUUUAGGGUUUUAAAGGUCAGCACCGACACUUUGAAUUGUGUCCGGAAACGUACCGGGAGCUAAUGUAGGUCUUUCAACACCGGUGUUAUGUGGUCUUGGGGGCCACUCCCAGUCACCAAAUGUAUGGUGUGUUCACAGCUGUGGUCACUGUGGCUAGUACCCAUUGAUAGCGUGGUAUAGUGGACUACAGUGUCAGGCUGGGACCCGGGAGACCAGGGUUCAAACCCCCACAAAGCACCCUAGGUGACCUUUGACCAGUCACAGUAUCUCAGCCUCACAGGGUCGUUGUGAAGAUGAAAUGGAGUGGACAGGGUAGAAGGGUGUUCACCACUUUGAGCUGAGUGGUUUGUGGGGACCUGUACCUGUCAGGAGGCAGGAAACGGAGGAAGGGGAAGCUUCAGAGCUGGAGGAAGAGGCAGGCCAGGCAAGAGAAGGGCCAGGGGCUUUCCCUCCCUCCCCUAUACCACUGUCCCCCAGAACCAGGAGGGGAUUGAAGAGGGAUGAGCAGAGGAUGUUUCCAUGCAGGCGUAGUCUCCGGCUGCAAGUAUGCAGCCUGUUGGGGGAAGGUACAUGAACUGGUGGAGUGAUCCCCUGCUGCUGCAAUUUCUCCAGACCUGGGAAUAGCUGCCUAGACCCUAGAUUGGUGGGGUUAGUGAGGAAAUGUCCAUAGAACAGGCAUGGCCAAACUUGGUCCUCCAGAUGUUUUGGGACUACAAUUCCUAUCAUCCCUGACCACUGGUCCUGUUAGCUAGGGAUCAUGGGAAUUGUAGUCCCAAAACAUCUGGAGAGCAAAGUUUGGCCAUGCCUGCCAUAGAACUACUUGAUAAUGAUUUACAGAUGGUAUUUAACUCCAAGCAGACUUGCUAAGAUGUAUAGGACUGAAUCAGAUAAGUGCUGGAGAUGCAAUGAGACUGAGGAUACGUUUGUCCAUAUGUGGUGGACCUGUAAAAGGGUAAAAGAGUAUUGGGAAAUAAUUUAUAAUGAAUUGAAAAAAAUGUUUUAAAGCACCUUUCAAAAAACAAACACCCAACAUCCUUUUUGUUGGGGAUAAUUCAGAUGGAAAUUCCCAGGUGUCAAAAAAGGUUAUUUAUGUACGCCGCUACGGCGCCCCAUGUUUCGUUAGCCCCAAAAUGGAAAACGAGCGAGGUGGAAUAUGUGCAGCUUGCAGAUCUAACUUAUAGAAUAAGAGAACAAGAAGAACAUACGUUGGAAGAAGAUUGGAAAAUGUUUAUUGAAUAUAUGGGGAAUAAUUGUGUGCACUUGUUGGCAGCCUUAAGAUAAAUUCAACAGUGUAAAUAAGUUUUGAUGGAAGUAACAAUGGAAUACUGAAUGGUUUAGUAUGCAGGGAUUUAUGCUAUGCAAAGCGAAUCAUGGAAAGAGAAGAAGGGAAGUCAUUGAUAUUUUAAGGUUGUCUGAAUGAAUAUUCUAAAUUGUAAACAGAAAAUUUAAUAAAAAUGAGAGAUAGAGAGAGAGAGAGAGAGAGAGAGAGAGAGGAAAUGUCAGUUUGCCUUAAUAAGCAAGCCUGCUCCGUUCCUGGUUGUAUUUCAGAUAUCUUGGUGGGGACAUAAGGAUGGAAGCCACCUGAACUGUCUUGGGCUCCAUCCGUUCCAAGGGGAAGAAGACGGUGGAGUCCCACCACCACUUGGCUCUUCUUAACCUUCCUCUCAUUUCUUCCCACAGCUGAUAGUCGAAAAGACAACUGACUACCCGGCCGCCGAAUACUCUUUGGUGGAGGAUGUAGCCCUCCACUUCACGUGUUUGAUGGACAGACUGAACGAGCAGCGCCUCUUUCAACCAGACCUGUGCGACGUGGACAUUGUCCUGCUGCAGCAGAGGAACGUCUUCCCGGCUCACAAGGGGGUCCUCGCCGCCUACAGCCACUUCUUCCACUCCCUCUUCACCCAGAACAAGCAGCUGCAGCGGGUGGAGCUCUCCCUGGAGGCCUUGACCUCCCAGGGCCUCCAGCAGAUCCUCAACUUCAUCUACACCUCCAAGCUCCUGGUCAAUGCCUGCAACGUGCAGGACGUCCUGAAUGCGGCCGCCGUCCUGCAGAUGAGCGACAUUGCGUCCUCCUGCCAGGAGCUGAUCAGCACCAGGUCCCUGGGCUUAGCCAUGGCCAGCAACAUGGCGCUGCCUCCGGACAGCUGUGGCAAGGGCGUCCCGUCGCAAUACUACUGCAACAUCAAGCAGGAGAUGGACCCGGCACCGCACCCCAAGAUCUACGCCCGGGAAGGGAACGACCCCUACUCGGUGCGGGUUGAGGACGGCGCGGCGUGCGGGGGCAACCAGAACCUCCCUGCCGUGGCUGGCAAGAAGUAUUACAAGGAGGAGAAAGAUGGUGGCCCGCCCAUCUGCAAGGUGGAGGGCGAAGAGCCCGACGUGGCCCUGGGCAGCCAAAGCUCUUACAACCGGGGAGAGCAGAUCAUCGUGGAGGUCAACCUCAACAAUCAAACCCUCAACGUCUCGAAAGGGACGGAGGGGAAGUCUCCGGCCGCCGACCAGACGGCCGGCAUCGCCGCGGUGAUUGGGCGGCCCGAAGGGGAAGGGCGUGGCGUGGACGAGGAUGGCGAGGAGGAAGAGAACGGGGAAGGAGAGGAGGAAGAGGAUGACGGCGAGGUGGGGGAGGAGGAGGAAGAGGAGGAGCACAGCGAGGAGGAAGAGCUGGAGGAGACCACCGAGGAGGAGGACGAGGAGGACGAGGAAGAUGGCGAGGAGGUGGCGGACAUCAAGAGGGAGAGGUCCGGGCUGCCCCACAAGGCCAGCAGGCCCUCCAAGGCCGCCCAGGCCGCUGCAUCCACCAGGUCCCAGGAGGCGGUUGCCGUGGCGAUGGAAGACGAGGAGGUGGAGGAAGCGGAGGAGGAAGGGGAGGACCAGAGGGGCAGGAAGAGGAAGAAGGAGCCGGACGGGGUGGGCCAGAAGGUGAAGCUGGAGGAGAAGCAGCACUACCCCUGCAAGAAGUGCCCCCGGGUCUUCAACAACCGCUGGUACCUGGAGAAGCACAUGAACGUCACCCACAGCCGCAUGCAGAUCUGCGACAAGUGUGGCAAGCGCUUCCUGCUGGAGAGCGAGCUGCUGCUGCACCACCAGACGGACUGCGAGAAGAACAUCCAGGUGAGAAGGGAGACCACUGCCCCUCGAGGUGCUACAGUUCAGCCCGUCCGCCCUUCGCAGGCUUUGGAGCAUGGGGCGCCCUCUGUGAACUAGAACGGAUAGGAGUCGUGACGUAGGCUGCUGCCUUAUGCUGAGACAGACCCACUGACUGGCCCAGCCGUCCCGGGUUUCAGGCAGGGGAGUCUCCCACCCCUGGAGAGACUAACAAUAACAGUAAUAAUAAUAAUAAUAAUAAUAAUAAUAAUAAUAAUAUUUUCACACAGGAAAAAGCAAAAACAAACGAAACACGCAACAAAGACAAUAAACUAAACACAAAAGAAGAUGUGGAAAACCAAUACAUUUUUUGAUGAUGAUGAUAAUAAUAAUAAUAAUAAUAAUAAUUUAUUUAUACAUACAUACCCCGCCCAUCUGACCGAGUCGCCCCAGCCACUCUGGGCAGCUUCCGAUGCCUAUAAAAACAUACUAAAACAUCCAGUGUCAAUAGUAACAAUCUGAUCCAAUAUAUUACAAAAAAUCACAAUACAGUGGUACCUCGGGUUACAGACGCUUCAGGUUACAGACUCCACUAACGCAGAAAUAGUACCCCGGGUUAAGAACUUUGCUUCAGGAUGAGAACAGAAAUCGUGCAGCAGCAGCAGCAGGAGGCCCCGUUAGCUAAAGUGGUGCUUCAGGUUAAGAACAGUUUCAAGUUAAGAACGGACCUCCAGAAGGAGUUAAGUUCUUAACCCGAGGUACCACUGUAACUUUAAAACAAACAAGUUAUAUCAAAUGAAGUAAUAUUCAAUAAUCCAUUAAAAUCUAAUAGUAAACAGUAAAAUUAAACAUCAGCAAAUGAUAAUUAAACAGUUUACAUACCAGUUAAAGUAAAGGAUUACUGCUCUGUAACCAAUAAGAACAACAGCAAAUCGCAAUGCAUAACAUACCACAAAACAAACAAAACCAGGAUUUGAAUCUGAGACCCGUUCUCGGUGCAAUGCACAGUUUAUGAGUCACUCCCUUCGAAGCACCUUGACAUGAUAACUCCCAGUGCAAUAAAAACAUAUAUUAAGCAACUGCAGGAUAGCUCAGUCGGUAGAGCAUGAGACUCUUAAUCUCAGGGUUGGGAGUUCAAGCCCCAUGUUGAGUGAAGGAUUGCUGUAUGGCAGGGGGUUGGAGAUCAGUGCCAGACUUACAUAUAUCAUAGAAUCAUAGAAUCAUAGAGUUGGAAGAGACCACAAGGGCCAUCGAGUCCAACCCCCUGCCAAGCAGGAAACACCAUCAGAGCACUCCUGACAUAUGGUUGUCAAGCCUCUGCUUAAAGACCUCCAAAGAAGGAGACUCCACCACACUCCUUGGCAGCAAAUUCCACUGUCGAACAGCUCUUACUGUCAGGAAGUUCUUCCUAAUGUUUAGGUGGAAUCUUCUUUCUUGUAGUUUGGAUCCAUUGCUCCGUGUCCGCUUCUCUGGAGCAGCAGAAAACAACCUUUCUCCCUCCUCUAUGUGACAUCCUUUUAUAUAUUUGAACAUGGCUAUCAUAUCACCCCUUAACCUCCUCUUCUCCAGGCUAAACAUGCCCAGCUCCCUUAGCCGUUCCUCAUAAGGCAUCGUUUCCAGGCCUUUGACCAUUUUGGUUGCCCUCCUCUGGACACGUUCCAGUUUGUCAGUGUCCUUCUUGAACUGUGGUGCCCAGAACUGGACACAGUACUCCAGGUGAGGUCUGACCAGAGCAGAAUACAGUGGCACUAUUACUUCCCUUGAUCUAGAUGCUAUACUCCUAUUGAUGAGGCCCAGAAUUGCAUUGGCUUUUUAGCUGCCGCGUCACACUGUUGGCUCAUGUCAAGUUUGUGGUCAACCAAGACUCCUAGAUCCUUUUCACAUGUACUGCUCUCAAGCCAGGUGUCACCCAUCUUGUAUUUGUGCCUCUCAAAUACAAGCUGUAGCUUAGGGCCCCACUCUCUUAGGGCCCCACUCUCUUGGGCCCCCCCAAAAAAUUUAAAGAAAAAAAACUGGAUGUACAUUUCCAAAAUAUAAGGGGGGAAAAAAUCCAACACAAAAAAUGGCAACAGUUUGUUUGGUUAGGCAAAGAAUUAUAGACACCAAGAGACAGGACUGCUUGUAGAAAUAGAUAGAUAUAUCUCUUAUAUAUCUCUUUUUUCUUGUAUCCAAAAAUGCAAGAAGGGCUUUUACACUUGCCAGAAGCUCGACUCUAACCCUAACCCUAACCCUAACCCUAACCCUAACCCUCGCCGGUCUUGGAAGGAUCCUUUAAAAAAGUCCCAUACAACCAGAGAAAUUGCGCCUGUCCACUGGGGGAUAUAGGAAGCCCUGAACACAUAUUUUUUAGAUGUCCCUUUUACAAUGUAAAGAAACCAUUGACCCCCUGCUGGUGAGGCUUGCUGACCUCCCGGUAAAGCAAAAAUUCGAUCUUCUCCUGUUAGGCAAAGGAUUGUUAGGCGACCCGGAUUGUCGCCAGAUUCUGCGCACAGAUCUGUAGGCGCAGACUAUCCCCCAAUUCAGUCUAGUUUGUUAAGAAAAUUCCCAAACCCGGAUCCACGGGUGACUUUGGGUCAUUUCUCUAAGGUAGCCUGUUUUAAAGUUUUUAUGUGUUUAUAUGCCUAUCGCACUUUUAAACUUAAAAUCCAUUCUUGUAUAUUGUUUUAAAUGUUUGUUUUGUUAUAGGGAUUGUAGCUCCAUUUGUGUUUCUCAAGCUGGUCUCUGACCGUAAAAAAUUUGAAAUCAAACAGUUUGUUGUUGACAAAGGACAGCUGGACAUAUAAAGGGCCCCAUUACCUUCAGUAGCUGAGGGCCGCAUCAAACCUAAAUCCUGCCUUGUAGAUGAUCCUCAUGGUCCCUUCCAACCCUAUGAAUUGCACAUACGUUUUUGCUAGGCUCGGGUCCCCCUGACUCUCCCCAUCUCCUUUGCUCUACCUCUCUUUCAAAUCAGAACCAGUGAAGGCAGUGAAGGUCCUGUGUGAGUGCCUGGAGGCGGUUGGAGGAUGGAUGGCGGCUAACAGAUUGAGGUUGAAUCCUGACAAGACAGAAGUACUGUUCUUGGGGGACAGGGGGUGGGCAGGUGUGGGGGACUCCCUGGUCCUGAAUGGGGUAACUGUGCCCCUGAAGGACCAGGUGCGCAGCCUGGGAGUCAUUCUGGACUCACAGCUGUCCAUGGAGGCGCAGGUUAAUUCUGUGUCCAGGGCAGCUGUUUAUCAGCUCCAUCUGGUACGCAGGCUGAGACCCUACCUGCCUACACACUGUCAGUCUUGCCAGAGUGGUGCAUGCUCUAGUUAUCUCUUGCUUGGAUUACUGCAAUGCCCUCUAUAUGGAGCUACCUUUGAAGGUGACCCGGAAACUACAACUAAUGCGGCAGCUAGACUGAUGACUGGGAGCGGCCACCGAGACCACAUAACACCGGUCUUGAAAGACCUACAUUGGCUCCCAGUACGUUUCCGAGCACAAUUCAAAGUGUUGGUGCUGACCUUUAAAGCCCUAAAUGGCCUCAGCCCAGUAUACCUGAAGGAAAGUCUCCACCUCCAUCGUUCUGCACGGACACUGAGGUCCAGCGCCAAGGGCCUUCUGGCAGUUCCCUCACUGCGAGAAGCCAAGUUACAGGGAACCAGGCAGAGGGCCUUCUCGGUGGUGGCACCCGCCCUGUGGAACGCCCUCCCUCCAGAUGUCAAAGAGAAGAACAACUACCAGACUUUUAGAAGACAUCUGAAGGCAGCCCUCUUUAGGGAAGCUUUUAAUGUUUAACAGACCACUGUAUUUUAAUACUUUGUUGGAAGCCGCCCAGAGUGGCUGGGGAAGCCCAGCCAGAUGGGCGGGGUAUAAAUAAUAAAUUAUUAUUAUUAUAUUAUUAUUUGCAGUGCAUCACUUGUGGGAAAGCCUUCAAGAAGCUAUGGUCUCUCCAUGAGCACAACAAGAUCGUCCAUGGCUAUGCGGAGAAGAAGUUCUCCUGCGAGAUUUGCGAGAAAAAGUUCUACACGAUGGCGCAUGUCCGGAAGCACAUGGUCGGUGAGUGGGGCCGGGGAGGGGCCCCCGUGCGCAGCAGUAGGUUUGCCACCCCCUGAGGAGCACCCAGAACCAGGCAGCGUUUCAGCGCUGUGCAAGAUGGCCCACCUUCCCGGGCGCAAAUCAGGGUGCUAGGCUUUGCCCCACGAAACCUUGCAAGCCUGGCUUCAUCUUACAUUCUAACUAUUUCACGUAACCCCUUUUCAAGUGUUUGCUUUUAUCGGUGCCUUUAAAAGAACGGUUCAGUCCAGACCAGUGGUUCUCAACCUGUGGGUCCCCAGAUCUUGUUGGACUACAACUCCCAUCAUCCCUGAGCUCUGGCCUUGCUAGCUAGGGGUGAUGGGAGUUGUAGUCCAACAACAUCUGGGGACCCACAGGUUGAGAAAGGCUGGUCCAGACACACACACAAACACCCAACCUGGUGGCCUGCAGAUGUUUUUGGACUACAACUCCCAUCAUUGCUGGCUAGCAAGACCAGUGGUCAGGGAUGAUGGGAGUUGUAGUCUGAAAAAGAGAUGGAGACCAAAGUUUGGGAAAAACUGGUUUGGAUUAACUUUGGUGAAACACUUUAGGGGUCUUUUGUGAGUUGCACAGUCAGAAUUGCACCAUGCUGCUCUUACUGAGCUGUACCACUCCAGAUUGCAGAAAGGCGAGAGAGAGGCCACACUUUACUUGUCUAGCCACCAUAUUUACCUCGAAUCUAAUACUCACCAUUUUUGGCCAAAUUACGUUGCGAAAAUUUAGGCGCACAUUAGAUUCAAUGGGACAUUUACAUUCACCAGUGAAUACUUUUUUUGGUUUCCAGGUUCUGAAAAAGGAGGUGUACGUUAGAUUCGAUGGUGUAUUAGACUCUAGUAAAUACGGUUUCCCCUACAGAUAGAAAGCUACUUCUAGUCUAAUUUUUUUACUGUAUUAUGGCCGGUAUUGUUUUCCUUUGCAGUCCUUGCUGUAUUUUCAGUCAUGGAUCCUGUAUUGCUUGUGACAUUGUUAAAACCAUUUUUUUUUUAAAAAAAACACAUUUUCUUUAAGAGUCAGGAAGAACAUUUCUAGUUCCAAGUGUCCAAUAAGAUCCGGGACUACGCAUUAUAAUUUUGCUUCACCAAAGAAAAAUAUCUAAACAUUUCUAACACGGGGUUUCCCAAACUUGGGUCUCCAGCUGCUUUUGGACUACAACUCCCAUCAUCCCUAUCUAGCAGGGCCAGUGGUCAAGGAUGAUGGGAACUGUAGUCCAAAAAAGUUUGGGAAACAUUGUACAUUCUCCUCCCUGAUCUGCUAAUUUUCUAAGUGCAGGUUUUGGAGGCCGUUCCGAUUUUGCGGCCGCUCAGCAGCUUGCACGACCGGACGCUGCCAGUUCUUCGUUCCGGCAGGAGCUGAACCCGUACGAUUUUGCUGUCCAUGUGUUUUGGCUCAUUCCUAACCGUACAGAUUUCCCUGGUAACCACGAUUCUCCCUUGCUUUGCAGCCCACACCAAGGACAUGCCGUUCACCUGUGAAACGUGUGGGAAGUCGUUCAAGCGAAGUAUGUCUUUGAAGGUCCACUCUCUGCAGCACUCGGGGGAGAAGCCUUUCAAAUGUGAGGUGAGAACCAGGUUCAGCCCGUCUUCUCUUCUUCUGCUUUCCAGUCUGCGGCGCGAACUUGGUCUGAUGGAUCUGUAUUCAAGUCCUCUUCUUCUGCAGCCCAUAGCCAUCCUGCUUCCACGCAGAAAGGUUGAGUGUUUGAAACUCCAUGCGUGAAUCUGGGCUGGCUGCAUUUUCUUAGUCCAGGCUUCCUCAACCUCGGCCCUCCCGAUGUUUUUUGGCCUACAACUCCCAUGAUCCCUAGCUAGCAGGACCAGUGGUCAGGGAUGAUGGGAAUUGUAGUCUCAAAACAUCGGGAGGGUUGCAGUUGAGGAAGCCUGCUCCAGAUGCUUUGAGACUACAAUUCCCAUCUGAGGAAUUCCCACUGAGGUCCAGCGCCGAGGGUCUUCUGGCAGUUCCCUCACUGCGAGAAUCCAAGUUACAGGGAACCAGGCAGAGGGCCUUCUCGGUGGUGGUACCCGCCCUGUGGAACGCCCUCCCACCAGAUGUCAAAGAGAACAACAACUACCAGACUUUUAGAAGACAUCUGAAGGCAGCCCUGUUUAGGGAAGCUUUUAAUGUUUGAUGUUUUAUUGUGCUUUUAGUGUUCUGUUGGGAGCCGCCCAGAGUGGCUGGGGAAACCCAGCCAGAUGGCCAGGGUAUAAAUAAUAAAUUAUUAUAAUUAUUUAUUAUUGUUAUUGGGGAAGCCUGGAGUAACACUUGUUCUGUUUUGGUUUAUAAAAGUGCGGGAUGUUUUCACUUCCUGGGAAUUGCAGUUUUAUUGCAACAUAGCUCAUUAUUUGAACUGGACUUUCUAAACACAGUUAAAAAAACAUACUGUUAUGCACAGUGUUAUUUUUAAAGUAUAUAUUUACAGAUGUGUUCAUAUUCUAUGGCAGGUUGAGGAACCCUACCUCGCAGGGUUGUUUUGUGGGUAAAAUGCCGUGGGAAGGAUAGUAGCAUAAUACGUCAUUUUUGAGCUCCUGGGAGGAAAGGCAGGAUAUAAAUAAAACUGCUGAAUGAAAUGGACCUUUUGGUUUAAUACAACAGAGACCUUUCCUUCAUGCAAACUUCCUGCCUUUUCUUAUUCCAUACCUCCAUUCUCUCCCUGUCCAGAACUGCAACGAGAGGUUCCAGUACAAGUACCAACUCCGUUCUCACAUGAGCAUCCACAUCGGUCACAAGCAGUUCAUGUGCCAGUGGUGCGGGAAGGACUUCAACAUGAAGCAGUACUUUGACGAGCACAUGAAAACACACACAGGUAAGGGAUCCAUGGCUCGGGGUGGACAAACCAGCCAAGUUUCCGUUUCUUGCCUUCCCAGUCUUAAGUCCAGCCCCAUUUCCACAGCUGCGCACAGUACUGACUGACCAGUGCCUGUAACGUCAUGAACCCACCUCUUCUGUCCUGUCCCAUAUUCCAAGCGGUUUCACAAAACUUCUCUUUAAAAUUGUGAAUCCUUUCUUGUUCCAACAAGUUUUGGGGAAAUGGACUGCUUUUAAUUAAAGGGUUGGUUCUGUGCUGUUUUUAUUACAGUUAUUUUCAACAGAUUUUAUAUAUGCACAUAGUUUUAAUUCUAUCCAUGUGUGGUCGUUAUUUAAUGAUUCCCCCUCCCUCUAUGUUUAGCAGGUCUUAUUUUUAUUUCUAAGCUGCCUUAAGUCUCCUGUCAGGGGAAAAUGUGGUAGGUAAAUAGAUAUAUCGUCAUUAUCACUUUAUUUGUAUGCUGUCUCAAAGAAAGGAAUAGGCUCAAAGAAGCUCGCAACAGGGAGAACAAUACAUAAGCAACCAUUAUAAUUUCAAAACAGCAACCAUAACAAAACCUCAACAAUAAACCAUGACUGAAUUCUGGAAAGCUGGAGGCCUUGUGGGUAGGUGGGUCCUGUCUCCCAGAACCAUCCCCACAAAGCGUGUUCUCCUUCAUGGAGAGCACGUGUUGCAGUGGGGGCCGCCAGGACACUCCAAAGUUGGGGGCGGGCUAAUUGAUCGUUGGCCACUGAUGCGAUUGGGGCUUCCCUUCUUGUUGGGAAAGAAGUUAAUGUUGCCAUUUGUUGAUUGACAGCCAGAAAUGCUAAAACUCCUUGCACGAGGCUAGGGCUUCCUCUUUUUGCCCGUGCAUCGGAUUGCCCGUCCCCCCCCCCCUAGAAUUAGGGUUGUUCGCUUUGACCUUGCUAUGCCUGUCAUGGGGUCAUCUGUUCUUGGGGCAGGGGCCCGGUAGGAAUUUUGUCCAUCUGGCUGAUUGGCUGGGGCCAUUUGGUUUUUGCCUACUGCGUAGCAAAUCGUCACAACUUGUAAGGUUGCGGUUAGGCAUUGGUUUAUGGUUUGGUUGGUUGAGGGGCAUGGAUUGGCUGUGCCUGCCCCUCUAAUGCUGCUGCUGCAAGGGAUUCCGUUAAAGGAAUGGGGGCUAACUAUUGCUUGUCCACUCUGUCAAGGGGGCUCGGGCCAUAGCAAUGAGCUCCUGGUUGCAUUUGGGGUGAGGGCAGGUUCCCUGCUCCAUCGCUACCCCCAAGUGUAUUCCCCUAUUCUGACUUUCGCAUCAUGCGGAAUGUCAGUCUGUCCCCCACGGUGGGGGCAGAUAGUCGCAGCCAAUGCCUAAGCAACCACUCACAAAUUUGUAUUUUAAUAAAUUUGUGGCCAAAAUUAUGCCAAAAAUCUUAAACAAAAAAUUCUGUGUGAUGUGUGAGUUAUUGGGGUGGCCCUGGGGACCUCGACACGCAACAAACCUGUGAGGCAGAUUAUUCUGAGAAGCAGUGACUGGCCCCAAAUCACCCAGUAAGCUUCAUGGGCAAUUGGGGAUUCGAGCCCUGGCCUCCUGGGUCAUUUUGCAUUUUUAUGUUGCGAACUAUCCUGUGAUCUUUGGAGGAAGGGCAGUAGUACACAACUUUAAUCAAUAAUCAGAAUAGCGAUAAUAGUCCUGUACUCUAACCACUUUGCUAAACUGGCUCUACCAGUCAUCAAAUAUAUAUAAUUAUGUUAAAUUAGCCAACAAGUUUCUAGGCCUCAGCUUUCCCAAAGACCCCAUUGGCACCACCACUCUCCGCCCCCUCCAAUUCCUUUUAAUCCCAGAGUGUCAGUUUGCAUUUCUUAGUACAAAAAGUACAUCUGAUAUGUAGAGAUCUUUCCUAUUCUACUUAACUCUUCUGCAAGCUUCUCUGUAUGAAAGAAGCAAGCAGAAGGUUCCUGAUGUUUGGGUUAUCCCUUCAGAGGAGCUGAGUGCAGCUGGCUUUAACUGCUUCUCUUAUCUCUUUCAGUCAAGGUCACGCUGACUAUAAAAGCAGGGCCAGAAGGAAUCUUGUUUUCCCUUUCUCUUUCUAUCUCUUUCCCUUCUGGUGUGGUGUUCUGUACACCAGGCAUGUCCAAAGUCCAUUUUGGGGGCCUAAUCCGGCCCUCUGGUCGUUUGAAUCUGGCCCCUGUGGCAGUUUAUCUCCUGGAGUAAAAUCCUAAAAAAAGCUGAACAACUUCAAUCCUAAAAAAAGGAUUCGGUUGGCUCUUUGGUCGGCCCUCAGGGCCCUUUACUUCAUCAAAUCUGGCCCUCUCUGAAAAAAGUUUGGACACCACUGCUGUACAUAGAAUGUUUAGCAUUAAGGUUUAGAUUUAUUAUAAAUUACUGUAAGUUAAAGUCAAGUCUGCUGCAACUGGAUUUCUUAUGGACAGAGCCGAUCCUGAAUGUAUUGGAUUUGCGACCAUUUUGCUCAUUUGCCUUCAGUUAAAUAAGUUGGAGUUCUUGUUAUUAAAUAUACCAAUAUAUCUGACUAUGGACUUACAUGAACUUAUCCCUACUCAUACACUCUUAUCUCUAAUUCUGUAACGAAUUAUUGUGUUAUACAUAUCCUUAUGAGUUUGAGUUCGUAAUCUCUGUUUGAGUUUAUAAUCUCUAUUUGAGUUUGUAAUCCUUGCCAGAAUACAUACCUUUGAAUGGAUUAGUUUUUGUUACAAUUGACUAUUGAUUUGUGAGUAGGGACCACUCCCACGACUGAAAUUUAUAUUGGCCAGAGUUCUGGGUGUGCUUUUUUCUUGGCAUUUGCUUUCAGUAGCAGUAAAGCUCUGCUGGAUGAAAGACAGUUGCCUCUGGCCUAUUUUUGGGGGAAUCCUGCAACGUGUUUAAGUUGUUACUCUGCUAACUAUACGUUGGAGUUGCGUGGUGAGUCCCGCCCCCCCCACCAGUAGAUAUAAAGACACGGGACAACAUUAUUUAGGUGAAUGGGCUAAAAUUGGCCACAAAUUGGUUACAGGUGAUGAGCGGUAUUGGCUUAGGCAUUUGUCCUAAUCAACUAUCCGGCUUCAGUCUGUCUGUCUGAGAGGCCGGGAAGGGUUAACACCAGCAGGGGGAGUCCCGCUGAUGCACAUCAACUAGGCACUCCCCGGGGUCACCGCUCGGGGGCGUGCCUUGGGCCCUGGCCUCCCUAGGCUUCGUAUGAGGCCACGCCCCCCAGAGUCCUUUACCGGACCACCCUUCACUAUCCGGGGGAGGUGAUGGCGCUCCUCCCCCCAUUCAUCUGCAUAACAACACCCUGACCAAUGCCUAAGCUCCAAACCGUAGAAGUUGUGAUGAUUUGCUACGAGGUAGGCGAAAAUACCAAGUGGCUGGUGCCAAUUUGCCAAGUGGAAAAAUUCCUACCAGGCCCCUUAACGGCGACCAACCGAAGUCCAUAGCAAGGUCAAAGGAGAAACCUUGAAGGGUGGGUGGGUGGGUGGGAAAUUCCCCAGCUGAUCGGCGGCAAAAGAGGACGCUCCUCUGCCGCGCUUGCCCUUAAAUGGGGCAAGCCACACCCCCUGAGCCAGCCGAUUGGCUGGCCAGGGAAUGACGCGUCAGAGGAUUCCCCUGGUCGCGCAGGGCUGGGAGCCAGCCACCGCGCGAGUGUUGGGGGCAGGAAGUCCGCAAUGCCACCUCCUCCUUAGGUCGGAAGUAGCUUUCUGCUCCUCCCUUUCCAUGGAGGCGCAGAUUGCAGUUAUAACAUAGGUGGUAUUUUUUCAUCUCUUCCAAGCUAAGCAGUUGGCUCCUUAUCUCUCUUGCCCUGACCUAGCCAUUGUAAUCCACGCGACGGUCACCUCCAGACUGGAUUAUUGUAACUCGCUUUACGUGGGGCUGCCCUUGAGACUGACCCAGAAACUCCAGCAGGUGCAGAAUGCCGCGGCGAGAUUCCUUAUAGGGUCUUCGCUGCGAGAUCACAUUCACCCGGUGCGAUACCAGCUGCAUUGGCUCCUGGUGGAGUACAGGAUCAGGUUUAAGGUGCUGGUUUUAACUUUUAAAGCCCUAUACGUCCUAGGACCCUCGUACCUAUGGGACCGCCUCUCCUGGUAUGUCCCACAGAGAAACUUACGGUCUUCAAAUAAAAACAUCUUGAAGGUCCCAGGCCACAGAGAGGUUAGGCUGGCCUCAACUAGAGCUAGGGCUUUUUUGGCUGUGGCUCCGAUCUGGUGGAACGCUCUGUCACAAGAGACUAGGGCCCUGCGGGACUUGACAUUUUUCCGCAGGGCCUGCAAGACAGAACUGUUCCACCAGGCCUUUGGCCAGGGCACAGCCUGACUCCCUCCUUUGGCAAUCUUCGCGGAGCUCUGGCCCAAUGGUUGCCAUCGGUUAGAUUAGAAUUAAUUUUAUAAUGAAUGAUUUUAGAGUGUUGUGUUGUGUUGUACUGUUGUUAGCCACCCUGAGCCCGGCUUCGGCUGGGGAGGGCGGGAUAUAAAUAAAAUUAUUUAUUAUUAUUAUUAUUAUUAUUAUUAAUAUGGAGUAGGAUUUCAAUGACACAACGUCUCCUGCCAUCUUUCUUCUCCCUUCUCCUCAGGCGAAAAGCCAUAUAUCUGUGAGAUCUGUGGGAAGAGCUUCACCAGCCGGCCCAACAUGAAGCGCCACCGCCGGACGCACACGGGCGAGAAGCCCUACCCUUGCGACGUCUGCGGCCAGCGCUUCCGCUUCUCCAACAUGCUGAAGGCCCACAAGGAGAAGUGCUUCCGGGUGAGCAACCCCGUGGCCUCGGACCCCAACGGCAACAACGCCAUCGGCCUCGCCGCUCCCCAGGCCGCCGGCUCGCCUCAACUGACCACGGGCGUCCCACUGCAUGGUACACCACAUUCCCAUGCGCUCCCGUUGCCCCUCAUGCAUGUGCACGCACAGAGCAUCCCUCCUCCGCCGCUCUUGCCGCCGCCGCCGCCUCUCUUCCCAGGCAGCAGAGUGAACUUGAACAACUAGGCCCUCGCCCAGCUGUUGAGCGUGCGGGCGCAGAACCGGCCUUUAAUUCAGUAAGUGCCCAGCAGGUGUCAGUCACGAAUGUCGUGGGCAGCCGUUGGUUUGGGUUUUUCUUCUUCAACAGGGCCUGGUCUUUUGCCUCCAGCUUGAAGAGGUUGAGGUUCUCAACUCCGAGCAGGAGGACCAAGCCAUCUUUGCUGCUUGAGUUGCAUAGAAUUUGAAGGUCACGUUAUGCUUUCUUCACGCGUGGAAGGCUGUAGACCAAAUGCCGCUGCCGUCCAUUUUUGGGGGCUCUGAAGAUCUUGGGGUGUGCUAAAGGCUGUUCGACAGACCUUGUCGGUUUUAUUGGCUCGGAUGAGAGCAUUUUCUUUAGCUUAUCCUGCCAUGUAUGGUGGAGAGGAGAGGUUGAGCACAUAACAAGAGUCCUUUUGGAUUAGUCUAUCUAGUCUAGCACCAUGUUCUCACAGUGGCCAACCUAAGGUGAAGCCCCUGAGUAGCACUUUCUCCCCAUUAACACCAGUCCUGAGAGAUCUGCAUUGGCUCCCAGUACGUUACCGAGCACAAUUCAAAGUGUUGGUGCUGACCUUUAAAGCCCUAAAGGGCCUUGGUCCUGUAUACCUGAAGGAGCGUCUCCACCCCCAUCGUUCAGGCCGGACACUGAGGUCCAGCACCGAGGGCCUUCUGGUGGUUCCCUCAUUGCGAGAAGUGAGGUUACAGGGAACCAGACAGAGAGGGCCUUCUCGGUAGUGGCGCCCGCCCUGUGGAAUGCCCUCCCUUCAGAUGUGAAGGAAAUAAGUAGCUAUCUUAUCUUUAAAAGACAUCUGAAGGCAGCCCUGUUUAGGGAAGUUUUUAAUAUUUAGUGCUGUAUUGUUUUUAAUACUCGAUUGGGAGCCACCCAGAGUGGCUGGGGAAACCCAGCCAGAUGGGCGGGGUAUAAAUAACAAAUUAUUAUUAUUAUUAUUAUUUAUUAUUAUAUUUGCCAUUCCCAGCAACCACUUUGCAGAGGCAUAUAGCGUCCUUCCCUUGAAGUGUUUAUGUUUCCCUUGAACCUGUGGCCUUCUGGGUGUUGCUGGGCAAUCACCUUCCUUCACUCCUGACCCACUAUGGGCCAUCAGCACUUGCAGGGCCAGAAGGUUCCUUGUCCUCCACCUUGGAGCUUGGUUGGGGCUGAGAAGCUUUCAUGCAAGCCAACAAGCUUGGAAGAGAUCCAUUGCGGCUUCUCGUUUCUCUCUCUAAAGCAGCGGUUCUCAACUUGUGGGUCCCCAGAUGUUGUUGGACUACAACUCCCAUCAUCCCUGAGCUCUGGCCUUGCUAGCUAGGGGUGAUGGGAGUUGUAGUUCUCCCCCCCUCAAAAAUAUUUAUCAGUUUUCUCUUAUAACACAGAGACAAAAACACAAAAGAAAAACAUUACAUUUGACACAACAUAAAAACUUAACAACAAUAAAAACACACAAAAUAAAAGAAGAAAUUUUCCUUCUUAUACCCUGGUGUAUUUACAUUGCUACAAAGACUUCCUCGACACCCUCCCAAUCUGGAUUUCAUCAUAUCACAUAUUUGGCAGUUCCCAAUUUCAUAUUUAUAACAUCAAUAUCUUCUUUCAGUACAUACUUCUUAACCUUACUUCCAAUUGUAAUCCAUAAUAAUCUUUAUUAUUAAACUUUUUCUAUCCCUUAACUUAACCUAUUACUUCUAGGGAUUUCUUAAUUAUCUUAUAUUACAGUAUCUCACUAAAUAUUCUUUAAAUUUCUUCCAGUCUUCUUAUGUUUCCUCCUCUUUCUGGUCGCGGAUUCUUCCAGUCAGGUCAUCCAGCUCCGAUAAGUCCACCAUCUUCAUCUGCCAUUCAUCUAUUGUCGGUAUUUCUUGCAGUUUCCAAUUUUUGGCUAAUGAAAGUCUUCCUGCUGUAGUGGCAUACAAAAAGAGUCUAACACCCUUCUUGGGCAAUUCUGGUCCUGUCAUUCCAAGUAGAAAGGCUUCUGGUUUCUUAAUAAAUGUAUUUUUCAACAUUUUUUCUUAAUUCAUUAUAAAUCUUUCCCCAGAAGUCUUUCACCUUGGGAGGUGAACAAAGAAAGAGAUGGGAGUUGUAGUUCAACAACAUCUGGGGAUCUACAGGUUGAGAAAGGCUGCUCUAAAGGAAUAGGGAAAAGUGAAACCUUCUCUCGCAGUUGAGCUGCAGGGAAACAGCAAGCCCAGGGUGUGGUUGAUGCCAUGAUUUGUGGAAGUGGCUGGAUGUUGUGUCUCCCAGAGGCCAGCUUUCCAUUCCUUAAGAGCCCAGGAAGCUGCCUUCAUACCAAAACAAGACCUGUGUCCAUCUAGUUCAAUAUUGUCUACACUGAAUGGUAGCAGCUCCCUAGAAUUUCAGGAGGGGGGUUUCUCCCAGCCCGACCAGAAGAUGACUUGGGGGAUUGACCUGGGACCUUCUGGUUGCAAAGUAAAUACUCUAACCAUUGAGCCUACAGCCCUUCCUCCCCUUCCUCCAUCUUUCGGUAUCAGCACGACUUGUGACUUCUCAUUCUCUGUCGCUCGGGGGACCCGUUCGUCCCUGCACAAUGGGAAAGACGAGGCUGAACCUCGUUGGUGGUCCGUGAAAUUGCACCAGAGGAGAAGAGUCCAUCUCUUGAUUUUCGUCUUGGUGUACAGAUCCCCUCUCACCCUUGAUGGUUUGCAUGGCUUUAAGACAAGCAGGCUCUACGGAAGAGUCUUUGUGUACCCAAGAAAUGGAAAUAAGGGCAUAGGCGCUUGAUCUACAGCCUUCUGUUAAUUCCAGUAAUUUGUCAGUGGGCUAAUGCACUAAGCAAACUCCGUUAGGGUCGUACCUGCCUACUUUCUCCUCUGCCAAAUGCUUCUGAGCUGGCCUGGGCAAGGAUCUCUGGCCUCUUUUUUUUGUAACAUAAAUAAUUUAUUAUUUUAACCUUUUUGCACUUUAUUAAUCCAUCAUAGUAACUCUUCCUCGUUUGGGUGCUGGGAAGGUAUUCCGGACUCUGUUGCGGGCUAAUGAAAUCAGCAGGCCAGUUCGCUCACCUGCCACUGCCAAGCCGGUUCUGUUCAUUUCAAAGACAAGACGCCUCAUUCAAGCCCUACGGAAAACAGGCAGAACUUGAACAGCUGCAGCGCAUAGGUGGAUUUGCCCCAUCGGCAUGCAAAAAAACAACAACACAACCCCACAUGCGCACGGACAGGUCCGUGUGCAAUGGGCGACUUGCGAGUCUCUUUGGGUAUUCAGUUCGGCAAUUUCUCUUCCUUUGCCUGAAACUUCACGGCUCCUCUUCAGCUAAGACGCCCAGACCACUUUGCCUCUCUACGUAUUUGGGGUUUUUUUCUGUGUGUAUAUGUGUGUGUCUUUAGUGUGAACUGAAGCAGGGCUGGUCCCUGGAACAACAGCCAUAACAAACGGACAGGAAAAGAUGCGGCGAGAAAGUUGUGGCUUGGGCGGGUGGGGGAAAAGGUCGAGAUGGUGCAAUAAUUGCUAGGUGUGUCGGGACGAAACGCCGCGGCGCCGAACCCUUUGGGAAGAAGACGUCGCGGGCCUCUUCGUGAGAGAGGCUUCCCGGUUUGACUGUCCGUGGCAACCUCUUCCAGAGACUUUACAGAGUGAUGGCUAGCGUCGGGGAGAGGGGGUGUCUUUCCUGCACCCUUCAAAAUAACCCCAACAACCUCGUGUUACUUUGGAGAAAGAGAAAAAGGCAACGUACCAUGACUCCACAUGCCUCAAAGGUAGUAUUCUGAACGCGUUGCUUUCUACAGCGUUUGAAACCCGUUGCCCGAAUAUGCCAAGAACGAAGAGAAACUAAAAAGACGCGUGUAUCGGGAACUCUCUCUUUUAGCGUUACAAACAAAAAAAUAUUUACAAUGAAGCACUUUAUUCUAUAUAGAUCUGGGGUGGGUGGGGUUGGGGGGUGGGGAGGAGGAUGAUCUGAGUUCUGAAAACAUUGGUUUAAAAAAAGAAAAGAAGCGGCAUCAGAAAUGUUCUGCAAAAUAUAUUGCAAACUUUACGUUUUAACAGUCGUGUGAAUAACCUGCUUAUGCUUUUACUUUCUAACUUGCAAGGGAAGCAGCACUCUGUGGUCAAUGAUCGCAGCCACUUCUUGCGUUUCUCCUGUUUCUCCUCAAAUUGAAGGGUGCUGGGAGGGGAGGGGGCGGACGACAGAGCAGCUUUGGCAACGUUGGCCAGUGGUGUUUAGUUCCCGUUGGGUCUGGCAGGGCGGAAGGUGGGGAGCCCACCAGUAGGUGGCGCCAGAGCCAGCAGCAGGCAGAGCAAAUUCUCACUAGGCGGCCAUCUUGUCCCACCCUGCUGAGUUGUAUGAGGGCAAAACUGAGCCUAAAAAGGAGGAGGCAGGGCCAUUCUCCCCACAAACACCUCUUUUGGCCACGUAAUGCUAGUCUGUGCAUGCAGGGAAGGCGCUAUUGGCUGCAAAGGAUCUGUGUGUGUUAGGGGCAAGCUUAAUCGUUCCCCGGGGGAGGGGGAGAAUAGGUAGGGGGAGCGUCCCCAAUUUUCUCCCCUUAAAAUCAAACCACCUGCAUGUGCAGCACCGUCAGCCCAUAAGGGUGUUCUCUGAGGUAACAUGGAGCAUUGUUCCAGAAGCUUCCAGAGAGUUGUGUUGAAUUUGUGGCUGUAACCCCCAGAGAGGAGGACCCCUGCAAGUGCCAGGGACCAUUCCUGGUAUGCCAGGCUGCUUCCCACCCCACCCCAAAUUAUCCAGAAGCGAGUCCUUCUCCAAAUAAACCAGGAGACCCCACCCACCCAAAUUUUCGGGUUUCACUGUUGCCAUAAAAAUGACUCCCGUUGCCCUUAUGCAAGCUAUUCCUUCUCGGCUUCAGGCCUCUCAUUCCCUCCCCUCUCAAUAAUCAUACUGACCUUGCAGAGUUGUUGAAAGGUUUGCAAGCUAGGGGAAGCUGAGCGUUUCGGACCGCGUUUCAGAGCUGCCAUCCCACAUCUCUGGGAAGACACUUUCAACCUUUCCUUGGUUGGUUGGUUGGUGGGUGGGUGGGUGAGUUUGUUUCCAUCACUAUAGUUCACCCCACAUUUAUCACUUGUGGGGAGAUGCCAGCCUGCAGGCCAGUCUCGGCCAGCCAGGGUUUCAGUUUGGUCCGUGAGGUAGUCCGCAUGAAACCAUAUCAACUUGGCCAUCAGAUGACGUUACCUCAGUGGGCAGUUGACGUCAGAUGGCGGGUGGGUUGGGCAGGUGCUGUCAGUCCCUGCAGGCUUCAGCUGAUAUGUAAGCAUGGGUUCAAUCCUAGGGAACUGCCCUCUGCAAUCGCUCCCUGCAGAAUAUCUCAUCAGCGGCUGAGCAGCAAGUUCAUUCCUGCUUGGGUGCUAUCUCCCCACAUCCCUGUGGACCAUUGGGCAGGUCUGUGGGACCAGCCAAUCACUGCAACAUCAUCCAACCAAAAUCCAGGUGUUCCCACCCACCUGUUGAAAGUUGGCCCAUGGUGGCUUGGGAGAAUAAAGAGCUGGCCUGUUCUAUAUAAGGCAAACACAUUGCUGGGAAAAGUGGCAUAUCGCAGGUUGGAAGAUCCAACGCCUGGACAUCUUAAGCUGUGGUUCUGCAGGAGUAUCCACGAGAUCCUUAGCUUUUCAAACGCGCUGCUCCAAAAACAAGCCAGGCACACAGAGACCUGCCUUGUUGCUGCUUGGGUUACCUGCCCAGAGCCCAGAAUUGCUUAGGCUAGGGGUGUGAGAUGCCUGUUUCUUCCUCCAGGUACAGUAGGACUGCAACUCCCAUCAUCUCUUGCCACGGGCCAUGCUGGCUGGGGAUGAUGGGAGCUGGAGUUCAACCGAACCUGGAAGGGCCACUGAUUCCUCAACCCUACUCUGCCUUGACUGGGAGCAGCUUUUGCAGGGUCCUGGGUAGGUCUCCUGCUAACCAGUGGUCCUUGAAACUUGGCGUGCCGUUGGGGGUUGAACCCAGCAUCUUCUAAGCCCAAGCAGAUGUUCUGUCACUGAGCUAUGGCCCGUCCCCUCUCUACAUCCCCUGUGUGGAUAUUCUUGCAAGAGUGCAGGUAGCAUCUGCUGGAAGCCUCCAAAACCGGGGAUAUGACUGAAUAGGACCUUUUUGGCGGCGAGGCAGGAUCCCUACUGAGUGUGCCUGUGUGAUGCUUGCGUUUCAGAGAAUCAUAGAAUUGUCGAGUGGGAAGGGACCCCAAGGGUCAUCCAGUCCAACCCCCUGCGAUGCAGAAAUCUCAACAUGCAGUCUCCCAUUCCCCACCCCUCAUUCCAGUUCAGGUGCCUGCCUAACUAUUGUGUGAAUCUGGAAAGGGGAAGGAGAGUUUCUGCACCCUUUCUAGGCUCCUGUGAAUGAAUGGAUGAUUGUGUACAGGAUGCCGGUGUGCCCUUUUCUCCUCCUGAUUUAGGGAGGCUGGACACUUGGGCAAAGCUGCAUGCAACACUCUUUUUAUCCCUGGCAUACCAAAAGGACGUGUGUUAUCACAAAGAACGUCGGAAGAACAGUUCAGGGAGUCAGGCAUGUUUAGCCUGGAAGAGAGGAGAUGAGAUAAAGGUAAAGGGACCCCUGACCAUUAGGUCCAGUCGUGGCCGACUCUGGUGUUGCGGCGCUCAUCUUGCUUUACUGGCCGAGGGAGCCAGCAUACAGCUUCCGGGUCAUGUGGCCAGCAUGACUAAGCCGCUUCUGGCGAACCAGAGCAGCACACAGAAACGCCGUUUACCUUCCCACCGGAGCGGUGCCUAUUUAUCUACUUGCACUUUGAGGUGCUUUUGAACUUCUAGGUGGGCAGGAGCAGGGACCGAGCAAUGGGAGAUCACCCCGUUGCGGGGAUUCGAACCGCUGACCUGAUUGGCAAGUCCUAGGCUCUGUGGUUUAACCCACAGUGCCACCCGCGUCCCUAGGACAUGAGAUAGCCAUCUUCAAAUAUAUCAAGGGCUAUGGAAGAGAGAACGAGCUUGUUUUCUCCUGCUCCAGAGGGUAGGACUCAAACCAAGGGCUUCAAGCGACGAGAAAGGAGAUUCCAGCUAAACUUCAGACCUGCCUUUCUGGCAGUGAGAGCUGUUUGACAGCGGACUCCCACGAGAGGGGGUGGACUCUCCUUCCUCGGAGGUUUUUAAGCAGAGGUUAGGUGGCCUUCUGUUAUGGAUGCUCUAGUUGAGAUUCCUGCAUUUUUAAGGGGUUGGGCCCCUCCCAACUCUAUGAAGAGUCCUGUUGGAUCAGGUCAAAGGCCCACCUAAUCUAGUCCAGUUUCCUGUUCCCACGGUGGCCAACAAGACGCUUGCCCAAAGCUUCCAAGCAGGACCCGAUCGCAACACCUCUCUCGCGCAUUGUGAUUUCCAACAGCCUCCAUUCAGAGACCUCUGGCAGUGUUGGCAGAGCAUAGCUGCCAUGUCUAGUAGCUCUCAGUAGCCCUUUCCUCCAUCAGUUUGCCCAAUCCUCCUUCAAAGCCAUCUAAGGCCAUUAUUGCCGCUUGUGGGAGUGAAGCCCCUAGUCCAGGGGUGGCCAACUCCCAAGAGACUGUGAUCUACAGUGGUACCUCGGCUUACAGACGCUUCAGGUUACAGAUGCUUCAGGUUACAGACUCCGCUAACCCAAAAAUAGUACCUCGGGUUAAGAACUUUGCUUCAGGAUGAGAACAGAAAUUGUGCGGUGGUGGCGGGAGGCCCCAUUAGCUAAAGUGGAGCUUCAGGUUAAGAACAGUUUCAGGUUAAGAAUGGACCUCCAGAACGAAUUAAGUUCUUAACCCAAGGUACCACUGUAGAGGAAGGAGUGACCUGUUCACGUUCAGCUCGUGGGCUUCCCAGGGGUGCAGCCAUAGCCCCAGGAACAUGAUUUUGAGGUGGUGCAAACCAAGCACGGAUCCCUGUCCAGUGAUCUACUGAUCUUCCAAUAGGUCACUGUCUACCUGUUGGACAUGCCUGUCCUAGUCUAAUAACCUCUGUGUAGGGUGAAGAAGCACUUUGUCUCUCCUGAAUCCUGACCGCAGCGUUAGGAAGAGAGCAUGCUAGGAAUUCCUGCCCCGGGAGAUGCAAACGGAGGUUUUCUUGCAUGACCCUCUCCACGCCCUCUGUCUGCGUUCUGACAACAGCCCUGUGACGUUGGCCAAUUUAAAAAUGGAGAGUUGAGGAGGCAGUGAGUGAGAAAGAGUGGCUUGGCUACCCUGCGUCUAAUAAAGCUGAUUGUGAAACGUGAAGCCAGUUCACAACUCGGGUGUUUGACUACUUUGUGAUUACACCAGUCAACAAAAGUUUGAAGGAAAGAUCAGAAGCAAAUGCCCAGGCUUCCUAUGAAUAGAUUAUUUGAGGCUUCGUAGAGCAGCUUGCUAGAUAGAAGCUAAGCCAUUUCUACAGGGGUUUGGGGAGACCAGGCUGGCCCCAUCUCUCCUGCAACAUUACAGAAAAGACAGGUGAGUGUGAGUACAGAACAUCCUUCAGAACUUGGGCUGAUUACAAAAUUGAGCCUGGGUUUUUUCCCCCUGGCAUAUCGUACCAGCCUGCUAACUUUCUUAAGGUUUCACUAUGAAAAGCUCCUUGGUAACAGCUCCUUUAUUACGACAGACUCCUUGUUAACAAUGUCGUCUUCUUCUUCUUUUAGGGAAUUGGAAAUGAGCGUUGAGGGUCUCUGAUCUGUCAUUUGAACCAUAAAACAUUCCUAAUGCUUUUUUUUUUAAUUAAAAAGUAUAUAUACAUAUAUUAUUUAGGCCCUGCUUCUUCCAAUUAAUAUCAAACACUCAACGGACAGUGGGACCUUGCUUAAUCUAAACAAAAUGUUCUGUUUUGUUGAGGGACAUUUUUUGAGGGGGGUGGGGAGGAAUUGGAGAGCUGUUUCCAAAUCUUACACCAAAAUAAAACGGAACUUUCUUGAUCUGAGUGCGCGUGCCGUUCUUUUUCCAGGAGGAAAAUCUCUUGUGUGUCUAGUUAUUUGUGAGCCUCAGUGUCUAUUGUUGAGAUGUUCAGGGGAAAGUUGGGAAUAUAAGACGGAACAAGCGAUUUGAGUCUGAGGUUACUGGAACACAC